CGGAGAGAGUGGCAGUUGGGGCUGGUAGCCGGGGGAUGAGCUCCUCCCGGGGCUGAGCGGAAUCGAGUAUCGCCAGCAACAUGGAGGACGUGAACUCCAAUGUGAGCGCGGACCAGGAGGUGCGGAAGCUGCAGGAGCUGGUCAAGAAGCUGGAGAAGCAGAACGAGCAGCUCCGCUCCAGGUCCACCCACCAGCCCCCGGGCUCUCCCAGGACCGUGCCCGCCGCUCCCAGCCUCCAGCACCGGGCCUCCCCGCACACCGCGGCGGCCGCAGCCUCCCUGCUCCUCCUCGGCAACGGCGGCCGCUGUGUGAGCCCGGGGCCUGCGCUGCGAGACCAGCGGGGGGACGGCAGGGGGGACGGGGCCGCCUGGGAAGAGCUCAUAGAGGCGGCGGCGGAGGAGAGGAGGAAGGACGGCGGGGACAGCGAGCUCAUACUGGACCAGGUGGUGCCGCUCCGGCAGGAGGACAUGGACAGCAUGGUGUCCUUCCAGGAGGAGGAGAGCUGGUAACUAACUUCGCUGUCUGACAAAGUUUGGGCAGUGCGAGCCCCAGUAUGGGAGGGCAGGGAGUCCUGAGCCUGUACACAGAUACACACACAAUGAACCAGGGCUGGGAGGGCUGGCUGAGUGUCAUGGGCAGAGUAGUUUAGAAACAGGUGGUUAUAGUAUUAAGAUAAUUUAUCCCACUCAGCUAAUGCUUUCCCUGAGUUCAAGCCAUGCAGGGGUGGCAUGUUAUAGAGAGCAGAGUGUUAUUUAUUUAUAUAUAUAUAUAUAUAUAUACACACACACAUAUGUGUUGGCACAAGUACAGAUAGUCGUUUUUUGUUUUAGUUGGAAAUGUAAAGGUUCUAACUUAGAACCUGUGGGUGUGGAGGACUAUAAAACAAGUACUGGCGCAGUGUUUAGGUGCCUUUGUGGGCUCCAGCUGUUUUUGCAUGGCACCCCAGAAUGCCAGGAUCAUGGCCGCACUCAGAACGUGUUGUCGGAGGGCAGUUGGAGGUUUUCAUGUCUCAUUUGCAUCUGCUAGCAAUUACUCUUGUUUGAAUAAAGCAAAUCUUAUUACUUAAAGCAACGCUGUUGUGUUUGACAGUCUCUGGAUAGACCCCUAAAGUAGUCAUCCUUAAGUCUGAAGACACUCUUUCCCCCAUAGGCACAGUCUUCUUACUUCAGCGACUGGUGCUUUAAAACCAGGAGCCUGAGUCAGUGCUUAGCUGACACUCUCGGCUGUGCUUUGCCCAGUUGCUGUAACUGGAUUCUUCGACAAUUAGAAUUCGGUCACAGGGCUCCAGGCGCAAGGCAAAAUCCAGGUAAGUUGUCAGAUUUUUCUAAAACGGUUUGACAAAUUACUUGGUAGCGUGCCAGGACCCUGCUGGCACUAUGGCAGCUUAUAUUGGUAAUGCUUGGAGUGUUCCUUUUAAUACUGAAAAGUGAGAGCCGCUUUAACCCCUUAAGGACACAUGACAUGUGUGAUAUGUCAUGAUUCCCUUUUAUUCCAGAAGUUUGGUCCUUAAGGGGUUAAAGUGGCUUUCUUACUUUAUUAGUAUUUCUUAUAUAAUGAAACACUCCUGUGGCUAAGUUGGCGGUUCAUUGAAAUUCCAACAAAAAUAGUUACUACAUUAUCUAACCGAUAUUUUCAAGGUUGGCAAAACCUGAAAAAAGGCAGAGCUUUCCCAGCAGCCAUCACUAGUGUGAAAAGGCUUUGUGAAGGAUUCCAUGAGAUCUUCAAUAGACUUGUUUUAUAUUCUUCUACUUGAGUAAAACAUUGGUUCAGGUGCCUAAAAUUUGAUGCCCCCGGAGUUGGACAUGGAUGACACCAAUAUGAUGAUGUGGGAAAACAUCCGUUAUCUACCUUGAGAUUUUCCCAUGUCUGUUACGUGGGUAUGGCGGGAGAAUCUUUGUAAAAUUUGGAAAGAUCCUACAAGUGACAGACCUGCUUUAAUUAGAGAAGAAUUUGAUGAUGUCUAUCCAGUUAUGACAGAGCAGAGUGCAAAUGUUAUGUUUAAUGUUGGCAGGUCACAUCAGUAGUUUAACUAGAUGCAAACAUUGAUUAGUUUGAGGGACAUUUUGCAAAAAGUGCCACUGUGUUGUCUAUGUAUCUCUGAUUGUGAUAAUUGGGGGAAAAGGGAUCUCUGGGUGCAAGCCCUUUGGUUUUUGUCAAACCAUUGAGUGUAUUGACUAAAAAAUAUGAACUUUUGUAAUUAUUGGGACCUGUGUAUCUGAUCAUGACUGAAAUUGAUUUUCACUUGUCCCUGUGAGUCCUGUAUUGUGCUUUUGUUUUAAAUUGAGUUUUUUUUUUUUUUAAACAAACUGCUGCUGACAAAAUAAUGUAGAACCAAAUUUUGAGUUAAAGGGACACUCUAAUAGCAUAACCUCUACAGAGCACUAUAGAGGUUAUGUAUGAUGCCAGGAGUGCCUCUAAAUUGUCAUCCACCACACAAGCUUUCUUCACUAAGCAAAGCCCAGGGCUUAGCUCAUUGACUGAGAGCAAUCAGCUGACACACUCAUCCAAUGAGCUGUCCUGGCGCUGCAGAGCUUGGCUUAGGGACUCCCAGGAUCGAGCUUCUGGCUCUCACUUUUGUUGGCAGUGAGGUGAGGAGCAGUGUCCAGUGGGCCAUUACCAAACUAUUUGACUACUUACAGGGGCUGUGUACUUAUACUACCAUAAACACAACUAUACUAUUUUUAGUGGUUCUUGGAGUGUUCCUUUUAAGCUGCUCUGAGCUGCCUGUUCUGUUUUUGACAUAUGUCUUAGAGUGCUCCUUUAGCAUAUGUUAGACAAUUCUCUCUGGUGUCUCACAAACCUGGAUAGAAGUUAAAUUCUGUUCACAAUAUAUAGGCAGUGUCAUAACAUUACAAUGUUCAGGAUGAAAUUGCCACAAUAUUCCCUACAAUUUCACUGGUUGAGCUUGGUAGCCACAGAACUAAAGAGAAGCACAGAACUGCAAAAUUUGCAUCAUCCUGGAAAAUGCUGACUGUAUUCACUGUAUGAUUAGAGGCUUAUUAGUUUGUUCUCUAAUAGACGUGCAUAACUUGUGAAAAUGAAUUCUUCUGACCUUUAAAGCUUAAUUAAAUCGUCUGGGUGCCAGCCAGGUUUAACCCUUUUUGCAGUAAACAUAGCAGUUUCAGAGAAACUGCUAUGUUUACCUAUGGGUUAAUCCAGCCUCUAGUUGACAGUGAGAAGGCGCCAGCGUCCAUAGGAAAGCAUUGAGAAUGCUUUCCUAUGAGACUGGCUGAAUGUGCGUGCAGCUCUUGCCGCGCAUGCGCAUUCAGCCAAUGACGGAAGAAGAGGGAGGAGAGUCCCACUGUCGAGGGAGCCCCGUGCUGGAGAAAGGUAAGGAAUUAUAGUGCCAGGAAAAUGAGUAUGUUUUCAUGGCACUAUAGUGGUCCUUUAAUUGAACAGUAUAUUCUCAAUACUGCAGUCCAGUAUGUAUUCUGUGGAUGUUUUUACAUGGCACAUUUAUUACUUUUUUUUUUUUUUAUUCAUAUUUGGUAGACUGUAUGGCUUGAAAUUGCAGGACUGUGCACAUUUCUUUUGUAUGGGGAUAAUCUAGGACCACAUUAUUACUGGUCUUGAAUUUUUUUGGGAGUAUAUAUAUAUAUAUUACUACACGUUUUUGCAAUAAAUUUAAUGUCAUUUUUCUAAAAAGAAGACCUCUGGAGUGCACUCGUUUUUCUUCGAUAUAUAUAUAUAUAUAUAUAUAUAUAUAUAUAUAUAUAAUAUAUUCCCAAAAAAAUUCAAGACCAGUAAUAAUGUGGUCCUAGAUUAUAUGUAUUCAUUCAAAUUUCGUAUUAAUUAGAAUUUUUGGGGCAAGAGUGCCAGAGAUUUUGGAUUUAUAUAUAUAUUAUAUUUAUUACACACACAAUUUGCAUGCCAGGUGUACAAGGUGGGAAAAGGCAAACCUCUGGCCAUAUGCAGGAAAACGUGAAGAUUUGUUUUGCUCUUGGCUUCCUGUUGCCUCCACUCUUUCACCUGUUUAGUGUAGGGUUUCUCUAAUCAAAGUAUAUAUAUAUUUUUUUAGCCUUUUUGUUAUAAAGACCUAUAGCAAAGGUCUGAUGGGAUAUAAAACACAAUAUAUUGAAUCGUGUGUCCAAGAAUGUGCACUAUAGCUCGCAAUUUUAAUCCACUAAAUUAUUACUAAAAUGAGAAUUGACAGAAUUUAAAGGAACACUGUAGUGAUAGCAAUACAAACGUGUAUUCCUGUCAUUUUAAAGUUAAGAAUUCAGUUUAAGCCCCCGGCCCCCAUUUGGCACGCUUUAAAAGGGUAAAAAACUCACCUUUAUUGCAGUGCCUCGUGGGCACCCGCACUGCCUCCUUGGCUAACUCUAUCAGCCAAUCCAAUGCUUUCCCAUGGGAAAGCAUUGGGAGACUAUCGCUCAUGGGCAGUCAAACGCAGCAUCACCUCAUAGAGAAACACUGAUUUAAUGCAUUGCUAUGAAAAAUAUUCAGCUCCUCCAUGCAAAAUGUGGAGAUGCUGUGCAACACUGACCCAGGAGAGAUUUUCAUUUCAGUUAUUUUGACCUUCAGUUUGAAUUCUUACUUUAGUGAAUAACCCCACAAGUGUGAAAUCUCCUAAUUACAAUCAGAUUUGUCAUUUGGCUGUAAUAGUCAGGCAUCAGCCAUAACAGGUUCUGGAAGCUACGUGGGCAAUUAACAUGAAACUACUUUAAAAGGGAACAGUCACUUAUUUUUUUUAAAUAUUAUGUUUACUUAUCGUCAUAACAUAUUUGUACUUGUGGAAUAUAGAAAUCCACACAUUUACCCUGCAUGUGGUACCUCCAUAAUUUCUUCUUUGCACAGGAUAGCGAAUAAAUGAAACAAUGUCUCAAUUUCUUUGCUUCAUUUGCAAUAUGCUUCAACUGGGUAUUCUGUAAAUCCUGAGCUGGUAGGAGUUGCUUCAGGGAACCACUGCAUUUAUGUACUUAAUGAUGAAUAGUAGCUAAUUUUAUAGUCCAAUGUUUUCCUGCAAAUUUAAAGUUUACAUUAGAGGCAGAAUAUUUUUCUUUAAAAAAAAAAAAUAAAUAAUUAUUCUUUAUCUAGGUCUCUGAAUGGGCCGUUCUUUAAAGCAGUGCUGUCAUGUUUCUAUUGCUUAUGCCAUUUGUAUGUUAAGGGGACACUCCACUGCCAAGUAAAAAAAUAAUCAUGGUAGAUGGUUUGGGUUUUCCCCCACUGAAAACAUGUAUACUUUUUUUUUUUUUUUUUUUCUUCCAUUAAGGGUAUAUAUAAAAACAGCUUGCAAAAGCUUCAGAAUGCAGCUCAAUGAAAAAUCUUUGCAAGGCAAGUGCUCUGGGCAAUUGCCUGUGUCUUGAGUUUACCUCUACACAGAGCUAAACUACCAGUAAGUAACAGGAUUGUUUGUCUCAUUGACAAACAGGUGGGUGUAACAAAGUUAAUCAUUACAUUGCCACUUGCCUUUUUCUUUCUUGCACUGGAUCUCAAUACCUGAGCGCCUCAAAAUAAAUAAAUAUAUAUAUAUAUAUAUAUAUAUAUAUAUAUAUAUAUAUAUAUAUAUAUAUAUAUAUAUAUAUAUAUAUAUUUUUUUUUUUUCUCCUCUGUCCAUGAUGUUUGCAAUUUGCCCUUCUGUGGUAUUCUUUUUUACAUAUGAAUUGUGAUAAAUUAGCUUGGCAACUGAAAUUAAAGCUUGCUUAAAGGAACACAGGAACACAAACCAGUAUUCCUAUAGUGUUAAAAAUACUAUUUGAGCCCCCCUGACCCACCCUUAAAGCCAAUAAAAAUUAUUUCCAGAGCUGGGUGUGCCCCCGAUCUGUCUCCUUGGCUGACAUCUUUAGAAUUGAUUAUCUCAGACAUGCCCAUGCUUUCCUAUCCCAAUUAUGAUGUCAGCCAAGGAGGCAGAUAGGGGGUUAUAUUCUAUUAGGGGGGCAUAGAUAGUGGUUUAACACUAUAGGGUGAGAAACACAUCUGUGUUCCUUUAAUGUAAACACUGCCUUUUCUCUGACAAGACUGUGUUUAUGUUAAAAAACCUGCAGGGAAUGACUAUACUCACCAGAACAACUACAGUAAGCAGUUGUUGUUUUGGUGACUAGUGUCCCUUUAAGCUCGGCCCAUAGCCCAAAAUUGCAAAGAGCGUCUUCUUUAUUUGAAAGUUUUCCAUACUUUAUCUUUGUAUAAUUAAAUAGGCAAAUUACAAAAAAAUAAAACUAAGUAAAGUGGCAGAGCUGCAAUAUAGCAAAGCUCAUUUUGCCUUAUUUAUGAUGGGAACAAAUGCAAAUUAUAAUUAUUAUUUUUUUUUUUAAACUACAUCCAAGUACUCCCAGCAGCCCGAUCCUCCACUGGUAACUCCUGCUCAUUACACUUUAAUUAUUGAAGUGUUCAUGGUGCUUAGGGUAACCAUUUUAUUUGCCUAUCAUUUGUAACAUAUCUUCAGUUCCUUAUGACCUGUGGGUUGGUUUCUAAAUUUGCCUCUUAAACUUAUUUAAAUAAAUAAAGGCCUACCUGGGAUUGUCAGCCUCUGCUCUUUUGUUUGCGUUAUUUAAAGGGUCACCGACUAAAAAUAUGUUUUAAAAAAUAGUGUUCCAUGCUCUUUAGAUUCAGAAUGCCUCUUUUUUAAAAAGAUUUAAAACAAAAACUCCAGCGACACACCUUAAUCCCAAACGAAUAUAGCAGAUACCAGGGAUGCAGCUCACCGUUGGCGCCGGGUAUUAUUGAGCUAUAUAAUGGUUUUUCCUGAUUCACCGCUCCCAUAACAUAAGAGCUCAGACAGCUAGAGGUCGGGACCAACCAGCUUAAAGGGACACUAUAGUCACCUGAACAACUUUAACUUAAUGAGGUUGUUCAGGUGAGAACUAUAGCUCCCUGCAGCCUUUCUCAUGUAAACACUGUAUUUUUUUUGAGAAAAUACUGACUCUGCCUCUUUGUCAGUCUCAGCCAAUCCUAUGCGGGAAGCACGGUGAUUGGAUCAGGCUACCACAUGUCAGCGGACUGCUUGUUUUUCUAGUCUAACAGCAUGAAGAGUUACAGCCUCAGGCUUGAAUACAGUAAGAUUUUUACUAUAUUUAUGGAGGCAUGAGGGGCCCAGGGGGACUAGAUGGUGGUGUUAACACUAUAGGGUCAGGAAUACAUGUUUGUGUUCCUGACCCUAUAGUGAUCCUUUAAGAUAUGCAAUGAUACUGUUAAAACAAUUGUACUACUGUUUCUCAAAUUGUCAUUAUUUAUUUUUCAAAAAAUGUCCUUUAACUUCCCAUGCCAUACAUUUGUUACUAACUGUUACUAUGGUUACUCCUGCUGUUGGGGCAUUGUGGGCAUCUCUGUUCUCACAGCACAGAAAAAAAUCAAGAAUUAAAAAAACUGUAAAACUAAUUUGUUUUGGGCAGUCUCCUGGCAGCAGCAGCUCUGACCUCUCUGAGGUUUUAUUAUGAGGAUUCUGAAGAUGCUGGACGUCUUCAUGUUAAACUCUGUGAUACCGCAGGAAGCACAUCUAAUGUCUGUCUGCAGGAUUAAGACAAUCUCUAGUGGUUGUCUCACAAUACAGGGUUAAGGGGAUAGGGACACUGCACCCAGACUAUUUCAAAUAGAUAUAGUCAGGCUGUCAGUCCCUUUAAGAUGUAGUGGUUUUUAUGCUUACUUUACUUUUCGGGGAGUUUAGUUUCCCUUAGUCUUGCAGACUGGAAUUCCAAUGGUUCUGCUGGCAAAUUUACAUUCAUUUCUUGGCUUACCUUAAAUAGCAAUUAAGCAAAGCAAUUAACCACUACAUCUGAAAAAAAUGUAGGCUUAACUAGUCUCCUAGAAACUCUCUUCCUUGGCUGCAUUGAUCAUGCAAAAUGUACACUUUUUGCAUUAUCACUGUUAAUCUCUUCCAGUCUGGAUGACAGUAAUAGACUGAGAAUGCUGGGGGCAGUUUAGCACAGUGGUCUCAGUCAGUCACAGCCAUUCUGCUUGGAUAUAACUGCAUUGAUAAUUCAGAAGUAUCUGGGUCCUGGGGAAAGCCUCCUUUUUAUUUAUUUAUUUUGUCGUCAAACUAUUCUCAAAGGUUUAUAAAAAGAUACAGUGGAACCGUGCCCGGAGUGUCUUGGCAACAUAACCAAUACACUAAGAUGCAGUGGUUAUGUUGCUUAGUGCCUUGGCAAAGUGUAUGUACCUGUGUGUCUUAGUUGUCGAUGUGUUUUAUUGAUUAACUGUGUGACACAAGCUGUUAAGUGUCAGGUGAUUACUGAACAUUGUUUUUUAAAAAGCCUAAUUUGUUAUUGAAUUCAUUACACAAGCUACUAAACAAACUCAAACCUUGAACUGAAGUGGUCUGGGUGCCUAUCCUGGUCCUUUAAAGUAAUUGUUGGCCUGAACAAGGCAAGUGUGUCUUACAUGGAAUGGGUAUGUAAAUAGUGAUGGUUGCAGUUAUAUGAUCACCUACGAUGAAGAUUUCUGUUCUGUGUGAAUAAGGAAAGGAGUGAACUAUUACAUGUAAUGAUCAAGGCCCAUUUUUAUACAACUUUGUACAGUUAAUAUUGUUUAAGAUUUGAGCUUCAGCCAGAUGCACAUUUACUGCAAGUAUCAGUGUUUUUGGCUGUUGAUUAAAGUGAUGUGUUCUAACAUUUCUCUCAGUUGUUUGUUCCUGUAGGAUGUUUGAUGUACAUGUUAAUGCAUUCUUUAGCCUUUGUUUGCCCUCUUUUUUAUUUUGUGUUUGUUUCUAUUCACAUCUUACAGCACGCAUGUUUUCAGCUGCCACAGCGUGCACAUAAUGUAAAUGCUUGUUUGUGGUGAUUUACAAUGUGACAGUUUACGACCUUGUACAGCCAUAGCCAUUCUGAGAGCACUCGUUUGCCAUGCAAAAUAUUCUGUGUAUUUCAUUUUAAGCAAUACUUACGGAAUAAAUGCAGAUGUUCCUGUUAAUAUUUGAUUUUAUAAUGGCAAAUGGUAUUGAUAGACAUUGUAGGUAUUUCAAUCAACUGUUCAACAUGUUUCCUGUAUGAGGGUUCCAUUGCUGUUUUUUUCUUUUUUUUUUAAUAUAAUGUACAUAUCCUCCCUUGGCCUCCUCAGAAGUUUGAUGGGCUGAGUUGAUUGAGUAGAAUUGCGUAUCUGUAGUUUAGAUGCUCUGUCCAACCCAAGAUCUUACUGGAGAUUAAGUUCAACUCAGUGAAAACUAUUAAAACUUAGGUAACUAUUAUGACUGUCUACUUUUCUUUGUCGUCUGUCUAAAUGCAAAUAGAAAGUGACUUGUAGCUUUUGAUAUGUCACACUUUCUUUUCAUAUGAUCAAAGUAGAUGCUGAUGUUAUACUAAUCACAAAUGUUUCACUUAUGUAGUAUGUGUUCUUCAUCUGUAUCAUGCUUGUUGGGUUGUUAAUGCGUUAUCAGUAUUAGAAUCUACUUUGAAAUAUUACGGUUCCAUGCAUAUUGUUUGUGUGUAUACAGUACUUCAAACAUUUUAAACAAACUCUUUUUUCCAAGUCAGUCUGAGAGUUUUCUUUUGUGUGUUAUUGUUACAGUGCUCUUCCAAUAUAGUGUAAAUACAAACAAAUAUUUCAUUCCUAUGCAGGCAGGGCUGAAAUUGGCUGUGGAGUUAUGUUGCUGUUCAUAGCUUAUAAAUUGGAGGAAUCCUGUAAUUCCUCAUCUAAAUAUAAUUUGCUGUUAUCAAACAGACUGUACUUUAUGUAUGAAGUGUUGAAAAGCAAAAUGCAUCAAAUCUCUAUUUGAAGGUAAAUUCUAGUACCGAUUCAUCUUAAUGCAGCAGUAAUUAGUCAGUGUAAUAUACAGAUCAUUUAACUUAGAAUAAAUGGACUAUCUUGGCAACAGCAAAAUGCUACAACAUAAAGGACCACUAUAGGCACCCAGACCACUUCAGCUUAAUGAAGUGGUCUGGGUGCCAGGUCCAGCUAGGAUUAACCCUUUUUUUCUGUAAACAUAGCAGUUUCAUAGAAACUGCUAUGUUUACCUGUGGGUUAAUCCAGCCUCUAGUGGCUGUCUCAUUGACAGCUGCUAGAGGGCUUCUGCGUUUCUCACUGUGAUUUUCACAGUGAGAAGACGCCAGCGUCCAUAGGAAAGCAUUGAGAAUGCUUUCCUAUGGACUGGCUGAAUGCACGCGCGGCUCUUGCCGCGCAUGCGCAUUCAGCUGGUGACGGAAGAAGAGGGAGGAGAGGAGGAGAAGAACUCCCCACCCGGCGCUGGAGAAAGAGGUAAGUUUAACCCCUUCCAUAGAUCCCCAUUUUAUAAUUUUGCACAGGUGUGUGGAAUACACUAUUGAUGUGUCACACUCCUGGCUGGAUUUAUUUUAACUCUAAAAAAUUUGCACAGAAAAUAUUUUAUAUACACCUCUAACCAUGCUUUCAUGUACUUUAAGACACCAAGCACCAUGACCACUUUAUUGAACUGGUCAUGGUGUCCAGAGACUAUAUGUACAGCAUAUCAAAGAAGAACGCUGCACACACAAGAGAUUAACAUCUUAAAUGUUGAAGGUGUAACUCCAUCUCUGCCACUGUCAAUAGGCUGCCCGGAACAAAGCUCUAGGUUGGCUAAUGUCAGAACAGUGGGACCUCGGUUUACAAAUGCCUCGGUUAACAUAAUUUUCAGUUUACAAAUGAAAAUCCAUUGAAAAUAAUUCCUCGGCUUACAAAUUUUUUCCGCAAUACAAAGCAAGUUUCCCCAGGAUGCAUUGCACCUGGGAGGUUUAUAGCACUGCCCCCUGCAUGCUGGAGCCUGUGGGUAGCACGUGGUGUAGAGUGUGGAGGUGUUGGAGUGGCUUUUGCAUAGAGUUUUGGAGCCAUUCUGGAAAUUGUUUGCCGUUGUUUUGGCACUUUUUGGUGCAUUUUUCAAGCUGUGGAGAGGUAGGGAGCUGAGCUUCGUUGCUUGCGUGCCUUUUAUUGUGUGUUCUGCAUUGGGGGUUGGUUUCCAUGCCAGCUUAUUUUGACUUUUUUCUGACCUCCAGAACGGAUGAAUUGGUGUUCAAUGCAUUCCUAUGGGAAACCGCAUUUUGGUUUACAAAUGUUUCGCAAUAAGAAACAUUCCGGAGAACGCAUUAAAUUCGUAAACCGAGGUCCCACUGUACUAUGAAAAAUUGGCAUCUGAUGCCAGUACGCACAAUAUGCUGGUGCCAGACAGCCAAUGGUGUCACAGCAUUCACUAUCCUCCCUGACUUCUUUCCCCUUUAAGAUAGGGGGAUUGGAUUUCAGGGAGAUAUUGGUCUCUAUGCUGGAAACCCUCCAAGGGUUAUAAAGUAAUUCACUCACUUUUUAUCCCAUACCGUGCAGCUCUGUCUGCAGGGAUUCCCACCUCCUUGGCUGGAUCAUCAAUCUUGAUGAGCUCAGUCAGUCCAAUGCUUUCCCAUAAGAACACAUUGAGAAGCUAGUUUGCAGCAACAUGCAGCACCAAUUGGAUGGCCCAUCUGAUUGAAAUAGCAGACUUUUGCGGAAGCAAAUCUAGUGGCUGUCAGAGUGAAGAUGGAAACGUUCCGUCAUGCUGGUCUUUUACUUCUGAAGCUGUGCCCUUAAGGGGUUAAAUCCUGCAAUGAAACCAUUGACGUUCUUGCAGAAUGAGUGUUUGAUUUCUCUUGCCGGGUUAAAACUAGAGGGACAUGGCAUCCAGACUGAUUCAUUGAAAUAAAGUGGUCUGGAUGCCUAUAGAGUCCCUUUAAAUCUUGUGUUUUGCUUUACCUCCGGAGUGGCUGUAAUGAAAGUCCAUUAACAUAAUAUUUCCUUAGCUAGCUUUUGGAAUGCAUUUGCAUCAAUUUCUGCUCAGCAUAUAACAAAUUGAGUACUUUGUUGCUAAUGUAUGUUGAAUCAUGUCUUAUUUAUGAGCUGACAUUGCUUGCUGUAUGAUUUGAAACCCAAAAUAUGAUUUAUUUUUCAAUAGAAUGAGUAAUGGGUGAGGUAUUAUUGUAGAUCAACCUUGUGCGCAAGCUCUGGGCCUAAAACUCUCUUUUAUUCCGUCACCCUCCAACCCAGUUUUCUAUUAGCGAACUCAUGUAUUGGGUUAUGUGCAAUGUCUUACUAAUUUCUUGUUGAAAUAACAAUGCAUCAGAGAGGGUCACCUCAUUCCCAGAAAAAUCGGAGAAUCAAUUUCUCUAGAGACAAUAUCUUACAGGUGUGAGUGAUUUGUCAUUCUUUUUAAUAAUGUUUCUGUUUUCAUGGCUGUUGUGGCAGUCUUUACAAUGCAAAAGCAGCUUUGUAUGGAUUCAUUUUAGGAAAGGCACAACAGGGCAUGGUAUGGUAUAGGACAGGGGUAGGCAACCUACGGCACUCGAGGUGUCUUUCCAUGGCACUCAAGGCUGCUAGAGCCAAACAUGCUCUGGCCUAUCAGGAGUCUCAGUGAAACAUCAGAUAUCUGCUAAUACGAAAAAGUGGUGAAGGAAAAUCCUCAAUUUAUGCAUUGCAGAACGUAGAGGAAGUGACCUCAGAUCAGUUCCUCCCAGCACUUGUGAAUGGGAAUCCACACGGUAGUAAAGCAGCCUGCAGCUGCUGUUGCAGCUCCUGUCCUUGACCUGUACCACUGGAACCCAGGGAAGCCACCCAUAUUGCUAGAUAUACACAGACUUGCAGAAUAACCCUCUCCUCAUGCAAAUAAUAUGAACAGCCCACACACAAACAUACACACAAUCCCCACAAACGCAACACCACUAACAAUCCGCAUACAUGCAGCCUCUCACAUGCAAUACCCCAAACACACAAUGUGACAUAUCUAUCCACACACAAUUCCACAAGCAGCCCUCAUACACAGCCCACAUUAAUAUGUAUCAUACACGAUACCAUAAACUACUAAUGAACAUAUACAAUAUAAUAGCUCAUAUACACACAAAUACAAUUAUACAAAGCAAUUACAGUAAAAAUAACACAAGCAGAAUACGGCAGCACACACACCUCAAUUUAAAAAAAAAUAGGAUCGGCAUGCUACGGGACAUCACAAUCCUUUUUCGGCACAGUGCUGCUAAAAGGUUGCCUUCCCAUGGUAUAGGAUCUCGUCAGCCAACCCUGCCUUGUGGUCAGUAUCUGUUGUUCUGUUUGCUGAACUGGCUGGAUUGUCUCACUUUUCUUAGGAUCUAUAUUUUGUUUUCUGUCUAAUAUACUAUUAUUAAUGCACAUUCAGAUAUAAAAAAAGCCUGGUAUUGUAUGCUUCAUUCAAAUAUGUUUCAUUUGUCUAUUCUGUAAGGGCGUUUCCUUCUGUUUGGAGUGAUGUAACUAUUCUGGUGUAGUUUAGCAUAUUAAUAUGGCAGGCAUUCAGAAAUCUGAAUGUAAACACUGAAUUGCAAAGCCAAAGCUGCAGUGUGUGAGCCAAGAUUUACUCUCCAUCCUGAGCCAUAAUGUGCAAUGACAUGCUUUUUCCGUGCAUUGCGGUGUAGUACUAAUGGUACAUUAGAGCACUUCAUAUAUAAUUUUGUUUCUACUCAAUCACAGAUUUACUUUAAAGGGACAAAAUAGGCACACAAGUACAGCUUAAUGUAGGGCUUUUGUGGCACAGUGCCUGUUGCUGCAGGUAAAGCAGUGUAAAUGCUUUAUAUUGCUGCCAAAUCCCACCUCUAGUGGUUCUCACUCAGAUAGUUACUAAAGGGAUUUCCUGAGUUAGAUUCUGCAAAAAUUGCAGGACCAACAUUCAGUGUUCUGCUGAACGCCCCCAACAGAGAUGCAUUGAUGCAGUUUGCCGGUGGGGUCAUCUAUCAAGGUGGGUUUUUUUUUUUUUUUUUUUUAUAGCUGUGGGGGGGGAAGCAUGGUCUAUGGAGGAAUCCUUCAGACCACCUCCUUGUACGCUAACAGGCUGAAGAGGACUGACUGGAUGAAGAUGCUGGAGGCCACUGUUAAACUUUGCUCAGCAGUGAUUUGAUUCCAGGCCCAAGUUUCACAUGCUUCUGGCGGGAGAAGCACCUCUAGUGGCUGUCAGGAAGACAGACACCAAAAGGUUAAUGGGUUACUCCAAACAAUAAACUAUUCUAAGAAAACACUGAUUUUGGUUAGAGUAACCCAUGCUAUAGUAUUCCUUUAAGUGGUCAUCUUUUAUUGUUAGAGGGGGUUGUGGUGUCCUGAAAACUUUACUUCACAACUUCUACCAGAUACAGAUUAUGUGAAUUCAUUGCUGAUUUUUAAGCCAGCUAGAUUGGAUCAAUAUCCCUUCUUCCCACCUCAUUUCUUUAUUAGUUAUAAAGAUAUUUUGAGAAUAUUAUCUAAUCAGGCAACGUGAUCACAUGCUUGGUCAAAAGGGAAAACGUUCAGAUCCUAAUUGACAUAACAUUCCUAUUCUGAAACACAGUAUGGUGGUUUCAUCAAGUUGGUUUAAGUUACGUGUUGUACAUACAUGUAUGCUGACUACAUCAUUAAAGAAUUUAGGUGAGCACACAUAAUGUGUAACCCAAUUCUUGUAAUAGCCACUUUACUACUUAUAAAAAUAGCUGUCUAUACAAAUCAUUUUGUUCUGUAUGUUUAUUAGAGAAAUUAAGGGAAUGAAGAUUCUCAGGUGCAUAUUUGUUCACUAGAGCAAAUCCCUGCAGUUUCAUAUUGUGAUAAUAUUUUAAUACAACUACAGGUCUUUGGAUGUGACAUGCAAAGUAUAUUUCUCUUAUAAAUCAUGGGCAGUACUAUCUUUAACCUUAACUGUGUCAUGGGCACAAUUCUGCGCACAAGAUGACUUUAUCGUGGGCAGCAGGUGCAACACUUUUUGGUAAGCAUUUGUCUCACUCCUUGCUGCCUUGGUUUGCUCCAGUCCAUGGCUGGGCUCCAACGUGACUGUGAUUCGGCAUGCUUCGGCACCCGCUACUGCCUCUUCCACUGCUGGAAGCUCCUAUUAGAAGUUUACAGUUGGCUCCAGUGACCCAAGUCCUGCUGUGCAUGGCCAUGAGAGCAUCAGCUGAUUGCUAUCAGCCAAUGGCUACAGAGCUGCUGGAGAUUCUGGCAGCAGGGAAGGUGGUGGCAUACGCCUGGCAGUAUCCAGGUAAGUUGUUAAACCAUUCUUACAUUUAUUCUGUGAGGGCAACAGAUGUGUGGCUAAUGCAGAGAUUUUACACUUUCUUGUAGUCAUACACACUCCCAUCGGAGCUUUGAUAGGCUAAGAGCAGUCAGCUGACACACUCAACAAAUCACAGCUGCCCAUUGCUGCUCAGGCUAAUACUUCCUCAUUAACCAAAGUUGCACAAAGGGGUUGCUGAGUACUCUUAAGCGCUGAAUGAAAGGACGGCACCAGGGAACUCCAGACACUAUAUGAAAAGUUAAGGGAUUAAGCAGAUACAGUGCCUAUUACUAUAACCUAUAAUUAUAUGUGAAUACAUUUCCUAUGUGUUUAGAUUUUGUUCAUGCCAGGAUUAAUGGAGUGAAUAGAGAACAGGAUAUUAUUUUUGGAGUGAGCAUCUUAUCAAAGGCCAGCAGAUACGAUAAAGUGGUUUCAUGCAAGACAUCUUCAUCACAAUCCUUCCUAACUCCUUAUAUAGUCUGAGACCACUAGUUUUACCACAAUAUGCUGAGUCUUAAAGCAGCUAGUUUUUAACUUAAAGUAAAAGGGGAGAGGGAAAAUUAUAAGGGUUUGUUUUUGUUUUUUUAAAAUUGUUUUAAGGGCAGAUGAGAUGUUUUAGUAGACCUAUCAUUAAAAUGUGCAAGACAAAUUGCUAGCAGAUAUCAAUUAUUCCCAGUUGGUUUGAGACGUUGGUAUUCGUGGCUGUAAAAGUCAUAUUGGUACAGAGAUAAAGAAUACUAAUUGCAUUUACACUGAUGACUGCUUCUCUCCCAAAGUAUAAAUAGUUUUAACAAUUAUAUUAAUAAAGCGAUUUAUUGCAUAUUGAAUGGCUUACAGAGUACUAUUAAAGAGACACAUCCCAUUGUUCCAGGGACACUGCAAGACCAGUUCAAACUAGGUGCCCUGCCCCUCCUCAAUCUCCCAUUUGGUUCUCAGCCCUUGCUUUUAUCUGACCCUCGCUGAGGGCCUUGUCCACCCUGGACCAAGGUAGAGAGGGGCUAUAAUCCUGCUACCUUGGUCCAGGGUGGACAAGGCCCUCAGCGAUUCCAGUCGAGCCUCUGAAGUGCUACAGGCUCCCUGACAGCUGUGGGGAAGUGGGACUUGGUGGAGGCACUGAUGCUGGCAAGUAGGCUUAGCUUGAAAUUUCUGUUCCAGUUUAUCCCAAUGGUGCUCGAUGGGUUUGAGGUCAGGGCUCUGUGUGGGGCAGUCAAGUUGAUCCACACCAAACUCUUCCUAUUAUGUUUGUAUGGACCUUGCGUUGUGCACUGGGGCACAGUCAUGCUGGAACAGAAAAUUACCACCCCCAAACUGUUCCCAUAAAGUUGGAAGAAUUGCAUUGUCCAAAAUGUCUUGGUAUGCUGAACCAUUAAGAUUUCCCUUCACUGGAAACUUAGCUCAACUCCUCAAACAGCCCCAUACCAUUAUCCCUCCUCCACCAAACUUUACAGUUGGCACAAUGCGGUCAGACAGGUAAGUCUCCUCGCAUCUACCAAACCCAGACUCGCCCAUCAGACUACCAAACAGUGAAGUGUUGUUAGUCACUCCACAGAGCACUUUCCACUGCGACAGAGUACAGUGACGGCGUGCUUUAGUCAGUGGAAGUUUGCACCUCUUCAGUAUGGGAUCAGCAGAGUGUUGGUGACCCUGCUCUGUGACUUUAUGUGGUCUUCCGCUUCGUGGUUUUAAGUUGUUCUUAAACAUGUACACUUUCUUAAAAUACGACUAACUGUUGACCGUGGAAUAUCUAGCAGGGAUGAAAUUACACAAACUGACUUAUUGUAGAGGUGGCACAGUACCACACUUGAAUUCACUAAGCUCCUCAGAACGACCUAUUUAAAAAAAAAAAAUAUAUAUAUAUAUAUAUAUAUAUAUUUUCCAAAUAUUUGUAAAUCCAGACUGCAUGGCUAGGUGCUUGAUGUUAUACACUUGUGGCAAUGGGUCUGAUUGAAACACCUGAAUUCUAUAAUUAAAAGGUGUCUCCCAAUACUUUUGUCCAUAUAGUGUAGUUUCUAUAUUUACAUUGUGUGUAAAAAUUCUAUAUAGAAUUUUUUUUGUAUAGUUUGUGAUAACAUUGCCUUCCAUUACUUUGAUUUAAAGGAACACUAUAGUCAGGAACGCAAACCUGUAUUCCUCGUCAAAUGUUUUUUAUUGAAUAUUUUCAAAGUUAUGAUACGUUUCCAAAAGAAAAAAAAGUCAUAGUAUAAUUUAUAACAAAUAUUAACUGGGGGAAAUGAACAGUUUAUCCGGAUUUACAAAGAACAGUAUAUAUUUACAAUAAAGUCUUUAAAAAUAAAUAAAGUAACCGAUAUCUUCAAAUGUCAUCUGAAUAUGACAUUUCAAUUCUUUAUAUUUGGUCAGGUGAGACAAUGCCUAAAAAUUUAAUAGAUUUAAUAGCAUUUUCAGCUGUUAUUCUUGAUGAUAAUUCAUAUCUCAUCUUUUCAGAGUGAGUUUAAAACUUCCUUUAUGUCUGGAAUGAUGGGUGAUUUCCAGUGUCUGGGGUUUGCCACAGUGGCUGCUAUUAAUAUGUUCUAAUAUUUGUUUUGGUUUAUAUAAGUUAGAUGAAUCGAUAACUGACAUUUUGCCUUUUCAAAAAAACUCCCAAAUAAGAGUUUGAUCAGAGAAUGCAUAGAUUUCCAAUAAUUUCUCAAUUUAGGGCAAGACCAUAGUAUGUGAGAUAAAGAUCCUACUUGACCCCAUACUCCAACAGUUGUUAGUGUGACAUAAUUUUAAUAAUUUAGAUGGAGUGAGGUACCACCUGUGGAUAAUUUUUUAAAAUGAGAAAUACCCUUUAAGGCCAUUGCUAUAUUUAACCAUUCUUUUGUUUCCAAUGCCUUUCUCAGUUAUUUUUUCCACUUAAUCAUAGUCUAAUUUUACAUUUCCUCUGUCAUUAAAGGACCACUAUAGGCACCCAGACCACUUCAGCUCAAUGAAGUGGUCUGGAUGCCAGGUCUCUCUAGUUUUAACCCUGGAGCUGAAAACAUAGCAGUUUCAGAGAAUGGUUAAUCCAAACUAGAGGCCGCUUCUGCGAUUCUCACUGUGAAAAUCACAGUGAGAAGAUGCUGGAUGUAAUGCUUUCCUAUGGGCGGUUUGAAUGCACGCGGCUCUUGCCGCGCAUGCACAUUCGGCGCUGACGUUGGCAGGAGGAGGAGAGGUUACCAGCGCUGGAGAAAGGUAAGUGGCUGAAGGGGGGCCAUGAGGGUGGGGGGGACCUAAUAACCCUAUAGUGCCAGGAAAACGAGUUUGUUUUCCUGGCACUAUAUAGUGGUCCUUUAAUUCAUAACAGCUGUAAAUCAUGUGUUUACGAUCAGGAUCUAAAUAGUAAAAAAAAAAAAAAAUCUAAAACAGACCUAUUUAUUUAAAAAUCGGAGAGACAUUUAUUAACUAUUGUUUCGAUCAUAACAUCAUAUAUUUUCAUUCACACCAUCUAAAUUAUACUUAUUUUUUAUUUCUGAAAAUUUAAGAAAGGAAUUUGAAGAUAUUAGGUUCUCGAUGUGUGUUACUGAAUGAUUUGACCAAUAACCUACAUCAAAACCCAGAAUGCCCACUCUGAGCACUGAAAUUGGUGACGCUCUUGACCAUGAUGGUGGUUUAAUUUUUUUUUUAAAAUCAUACAAACCUGUAUUCCUGACACUGUAAUGUUAAAAAACACAAAUUUCCCCUCUAAAUAUAAUAAAAUGUUACUUUUGUUCCUGUCUGCUGCUGGCUCUGUCACUGAUCUGCCUGCUUGGCUGACAUCAUCCGCAGUGUUGAUCAAAACCAAUCACAAUGCUUUACCAUUGAAAAGCAUUGAAUUGACUGAGACUACCAAGGAAGCAGAUUAGGGGCCGAGCCAGCACAAGCCAAAUGCAGCCCUGGUCAAUCAGCAUCUCCUAAUGCACUGGAUACACUGUGCAGAACUGCCACAGAAAGCACCUCUAGCUGUCAUUUGAGGAGUGGCCAGUGGAGGUAUCUCUAGGCUGUAAUGUAAACCGUGCCUUUUACUGCAAAAAGCCUGCAGGGAAUGAUUAUACUCUCCAGAAUAAAUACAAUAAGUUGUAGUUGUUCUGGUAAAUGGUGUCCCUUUUCUUUCAGAACAACAUUUAAUAUAUUCAGAAUUUAUACUUCCAGCUGGAUAUAAGCCUUGUUGUGUUGAAAUAAUCCCUGGUAUGAUGUUUGUGUUUCUGACCCUAUACUGUUCCUUUAAGUAUGACCAAAAAACAUUUAUUCCUGACCCUGUAGUGUUAAAACCACCAUUUGGGUGGCUUGCUCUCACCUUAGCCUCCUUAAAAGGUAAUUAAACUUACCUUAUUUCUAGCGCUGCACAGAUUUGCUGGCCUCGCCUUCUUGCUGACAUUCGAAUUUGAUUUCAGCCAAUAGCAUUGGAUUGGCUGAAAUCGUCAAGGAGGCGGGAUGGGGACAAAACGCUGGCUUUUCUGCUGGCUUUUCUGCCUGUUAACACAACCGCACAAAGAUGGUUUAAAAUGAAGCUUCUAGAAUGGUAAUUGACUAACUCUGUACUUUUGUGAACUAUAUUUUUGAUGUAGAUUUGCUUAACAAAAAUAUUUUCUGUCUAUUGUUUAACUAUAUGCAUUUGUUAAAUUCCAGAAUUCUGUAUGUGAUUAAUGAUAUAUAUAUAUAUAUAUAUAUAUAUAUAUUUUUUUUUUGAAUGAAUGUCCUUUUCAUAUUUAUUAUUUUAUCAAAAAAGACAAGCCUUAAAGAAUGUACUGAAACCUCAUAUUUCAAGUUAAUUUGUGGCAUGUGAUGAGGUGUGGACCGGAGAACUUACCAUUAUAGAUGUUGUAGUCCAAACACAGCUCUUGCCAAGCUCUAUUCUGCAUUCCAGCGUAAAGUCCAUGAAUAUUUAGGCUCUGAACUACAUUUAUAUUUUAUUCUGUCAGCACAGUAGAUUUCUGGUAAAGCAGUGACAAAUGUGAUAAAAUUCAGAAUGUCUACUUCCAUUCUGUAUUUAUAUCCAUGAACCCUUUUUAUACAUGGUUCUUCCAUAGUAACUUGAAAAGAAAAUACAUGUAACUUCCCUCGUAUUUUGUGUAGUGCAAAUAACUACCUAAGGUUUUAUGUCUGGGUCCUGUCACAAUGUGGAGUGGCUUUAUUAAUGUGAGAUUUGCUGGGAAUCUGUUAACAUUUUAUGGCAAAAAUUGCUGAAUUUGGAAACAUUCUCCAAGUCACCUAUGCUUCAAGUUCAGGUAUUUUGGCUUUAAAUUUGACAUUCAGUUAGAAUUUUCAACAAUCCCCACCUUAGUGAAUAACCGUGUGUUUCACAGAUGCAUUGGAUUACAGCAGGGCUCGACAAAUCCCAGACGCCAGGUCGCCAUUGCGGCUAGAAAUUUGUCCCUAGCGCCUGGGAUUUAAAGCCCUUCAUCUAAAUGCAGGAUUGGGGAACAAUGGAGCUGGCCGGUCGCCCUGAGCGUGGGCGGCCAGCUCAGCGAGCGUGCAGGCGGCCACCCUGGGGAGCAUCACUGUGGUCGGCUGGGGCAGCUUGCGAGGGAGCAGUGAUCUUCAAGCGACUCCCCUCUGCUCCCUCGUGCUGUUUUAUGAUGCUGGGAGCUGGAAUAUGACGUCAUUCCGGCUCCCGGCAUCACUAUAGGGAGCAGAGAGGAGCCGCUUGAAGAUCACUGCUCCCUCACACCCAGGGAAAAAAAGGCCAGGUGGAUUCAAAUUAAAAUGGAAAAUUUGUGUGUCUCUCUGUCUGUCAGUAUGCUGUGUCAGUGUGUGUGUGUCUCUCUCUCUGUGUCAGUGUGUGUGUGUCUCUCUCUCUGUGUCAGUGUGUGUGUCUCUCUCUCUGUCAGUGUGUGUGUGUCUCUGUCAGUGUGUGUGUGUGUGUUUCUCUCUGUCAGUAUGUGUGUGUGUUUCUCUGUCAGUGUGUGUUUCUCUGUCAGUAUGUGUGUCUCUCUCUCUCUGUCAGUAUGUGUGUCUCUCUCUCUCUGUCAGUAUGUGUGUGUCUCUCUCUCUCUCUGUCAGUAUGUGUGUGUGUCUCUCUCUGUGUCUGUCAGUAUGUGUCUCUCCCUCUCUGUGUCAGUAUGUCUCUCUCCCUCUCUGUGUCAGUAUGUCUCUCUCCCUCUCUGUGUCAGUAUGUCUCUCUCCCUCUCUGUGUCAGUAUGUCUCUCUCCCUCUGUGUCAGUAUGUGUGUCUCUCUCCCUCUCUGUGUCAGUAUGUGUCUCUCUCCCCCUCUCUGUGUCAGUGUGUGUCUCUCUCCCUCUCUGUGUCAGUGUGUGUCUCUCUCCCUCUCUGUGUCAGUGUGUCUCUCUCCCUCCCUCUCUGUGUCAGUAUGUGUCUCUCUCCCUCCCUCUCUGUGUCAGUAUGUGUGUCUCUCUCCCUCCCUCUGUGUCAGUAUGUGUCUCUCUCCCUCCCUCUCUCUCUGUGUCAGUGUGUGUCUCUCUCUCUCUCCCUCUCUGUGUCAGUGUCUCUCUCUCUCUCCCUCUCUGUCAGUAUGUGUCUCUCUCUCUCUCCCUCUCUGUGUCAGUAUGUGUCUCUCUCUCUCUCCCUCUCUGUGUCAGUAUGUGUCUCUCUCUCUCUCCCUCUCUGUGUCAGUAUGUCUCUCUCUCUCCCUCUCUGUGUCAAUAUGUGUCUCUCUCUCCCUCUCUGUGUCAAUAUGUGUGUCUCUCUCCCUCUCUGUGUCAGUAUGUGUCUCUCUCCCUCUCUGUGUCAGUAUGUGUCUCUCCCCCUCUCUGUGUCAGUAUGUGUGUCUCUCUCCCUCUCUGUGUCAGUAUGUGUCUCUCCCCCUCUCUGUGUCAGUAUGUGUGUCUCUCUCCCUCUCUGUGUCAGUAUGUGUGUCUCUCUCCCUCUGUGUCAGUAUGUGUGUCUCUCUCCCUCUCUGUGUCAGUAUGUGUGUCUCUCUCCCUCUCUGUGUCAGUAUGUCUCUCUCCCUCUCUGUGUCAGUAUGUGUCUCUCUCCCUCUCUGUGUCAGUAUGUGUCUCUCUCCCUCUCUGUGUCAGUAUGUGUGUCUCUCUCCCUCUCUCUGUCAGUUUGUGUGUCUCUCUCCCUCUCUGUCGGUAUGUGUGUCUCUCUCCCUCUGUGUCUCUCUGUGUCAGUAUGUGUCUCUCUCCCUCCCUCUCUGUGUCAGUAUGUGUGUCUCUCUCCCUCCCUCUCUGUGUCAGUAUGUGUGUCUCUCUCCCUCGCUCUCUGUGUCAGUAUGUGUGUCUCUCUCCCUCCCUCUCUGUGUCAGUAUGUGUGUCUCUCUCCCUCCCUCUCUGUGUCAGUAUGUGUGUCUCUCUCCCUCUCUCUGGGUCUGUUUAGGUACCUGCAGCCCUCCAAUCACGCGAUAGGUGUUUUUACUCACCUUCUUUCCCACGCCAUGCCAGUUUUCCGCGGCUUUAUUCGUGAGAUAAUCAAUCUUUAAGAUCUCUGCUAAACCAAUGCUUUCCUAUAGGAAAGCUUUGGGAAGAUAUUGCGCAUGUUUUCUAUAUGUAACAUUCAGCAUCCAUGCAGAGCGUGGAGACGCUGAACAAAGGUGCUGCACACUGUGCAGCAAUGACACAGGACUCUCUAGUGGCGUCUGAGUGACUGUCACUAGAGAUGUUACUAGGUAGCAAUGGAAACACUGCCCUUUCUCUGAAUUUUCUUUUUUUAGCUGGCUCCUAGAUUCCUAACAAAUUUGUCAAGCCCUGGAUUACAGGAAGUUCCGUGCAUUUGUUCUUGACCUUCCUCUUUUUAUCACUCUUGUAAAGAGUUUACUAUAAUGCAGCCUUGUGUUAAUGGUACAUUUUGUCUCUUCUGUACCCACCAACUGGCAUUUCUAGUGUGUUAAUUGAAGUGGUCUUCAUUUUCAAAAAAUCUUUGCUCAUCCACUACUGUAGUUUUCAACAUCAUUUGCUUGUUCCUAACGCCACACUUUCACUCUCUGGGGACUUCGCAUAAUUUGCAAAGACCUGCGAUGGUGGGAUUUACUUGAACCUGUCCCUUGUGGACACAGCUAAUUUCAUCCGGCUGGUCCGCUUCUGGUGCUGAAUUCAGCGCCAUGUGUAGAUGUCACUGCUGUACUCUCACGCAGGAUCUUCCAUAGACACAGCUAAUAUCUUUGCAGCCAUCACUGGUGUCUAAAAGUGUCAAGUGUAGGAAAUAUACUAAGCCAAAGUAGUCUGUACUCAAUGAAAUUCCAAUGCAGUCAAUAGGAGUAUUUCAUAAAGGUUUUUUCUUUAUGAAAUAUAGGUACUCAUUUUGUUGGGGGGCGGGGCAGUGUAUGUGUGUUUCAGUGUAUCACAGACACAUACAGCCAGCAUACGACACACAGCCAGCGCUGAUCUUACUUACAUGAGACACACACACAAACUCUCUUUCCUCCCCCUCCACGCCUCCCUCUGCCCUCCCCAGGCUCUUGGCAGAGCCCCCAAUCUUUUUGAUUGUUUUGUGCCAGGACAAGUAGAUUGUCAAGACAGUCAAGUAGGUUAGGCUACUAAUUUAGUCCAUUGGACAAGUAGAUUUUUUUUAUACAUUGUGAUUGCAGAGCCAAAAUAAUAUAUUGUCUUAUUGAUCUUCUUAUGGCUCAAUCACAGAAUGUUUUACACCAAUGAAUCAAAGCUGGAAUCUUUAAUGCUAAAUAGUUGCAUUCUGUAUUUAUAUUUGCUUCCUGUUUUGUUGGUACAAUCCAUUUAAAUUUUACUGUGUCAUACUUGAGUUUAUUCUUGAUAUGCUUGAGAUAUACUUCAGUUGCUUGAAGGUUGAGAGCACUGCUAACUUUUUAAUACUAGGUUAACCUACCCCUAUAUGUGAAAAUAAGAAUGAAGAGUAGAAAUUGCACCUUCAUCCUGUCAGACUUUGUUGUAAGCGCUGCACAUUACUAGUUAAUUUAAAAGAAAACCGAGAAUCAGAGUUGUUCUAGAUGAUUUCCAGUCUUUUAUUCAAUGGUGUUAUCUUGUUUCAUAAGAAGAACAAGUAUUUAUUGUAAAAUCCUAUCUUAUUUUUAUUUUCAGGUUAUAUACUUCACCAAAGAAAAAGCAAACUCCUUUGCAAAAAUCCAUAAGUCCAUUGGUCUGGUGUCGGCAGGUUUUUGACAGUCCAAGUCCUGACCUGGAAUGUGCAAAAAAGUCACUUCUCCAUAGGCUUGAACAAACAAUGUCAGGUGAGCAGAAACAAAUCAACUUCUUAACAGCUACCACAUUAUUGUGACACAUGGGGAGAAAUAAUAUAAAAUAUAUUUGUGUGUGCAUUUUUGUUCCUCGUUCCAUUCUAAAUUUCAUUUAUGUAGAAUACAGAUAUAAAACAGCUAAAAAUGACUAUAAAAAAUAAAAUAUAUAUAUUUCUUUUGUGUAUAUAUAAUGGCACAAAAUCGAAACUACCUAAUUUACAUUAAAAAAAACAACUAAACCCUGCAUAUUAAAAAAAACAACAUGGUAACAUGGAUAACUGCAUUCUGAUUGGAUGCUUUUUCAUGUCAGAUCCAGCUAGCUUUGUUUCUCCAGAAAAUACACAGGUAACAAUAACUAGAAGGCGCUGUGCUGUAAGAUGCACAUUUUCCUAAGCAAAGAUCUACAUUUAAUUAGCAUACUUUUUACAUAUAACUGCAGUUCUCUGUGUUAACCUUUUAAUGCAAGCAGAAUUACUGUCCUUUGAGAUCGUUAAUAGAUGAAAUUUGUUUUCAGUCUUUUUGGUGCAUACUUCUUACUAGCCAGCUUGAAAAACGUCACUAGUAUUUACCCACUACUUCAACAGAUUGCUAAAUAUUUUUAAGAAAUCGUAUAACACGGUUUGCAAAAGCAUAGCAUCUGUUGCAUAAGCUUUUUGCAUUCUACCCUAGGCGUCCAGGACUUCCAAGCUGUUCAGAACACUUUGUAUUUGUUGUCUUUCAGCCAAAUAACACAAUAGUCCUUUUCUUUUUUUAGCAAUGAAUCUUUUUAUUUUAAUGUGAAAUCAAAAUUAGUAGAUAGUUUGCAAGACUUUUGUUGAUAUCUGGUUUUCUAGUGACCUACAAAGCUGCCUCCCAUAUUUUGUACAUAUUUAAUUGUUGCCUAGUUACUUGGUAGUUUGUAUAUAAACACACUUUAUUUUAUUUUUUUAAAUAUUUACUGUGAUUUACGGAUACUUAGUAAAGGGACAUCAUACUAAAUAGUUGAGCAAUUAUUAUAAUUUGCAGUAACACUAAUUGAGGGGAGCUUUCAUACACACGAUUAUCAAGCUCAGUGUUCAAAUGUAAAGGAAGAGUUCUUUUAAUGUAUCAAGCAUUAUAGAUACGUUCCUCCACCUUGGAGAUGCUUUCAGCACACAUGCAUGCUCUAUAGUUUACCAUAAUUCCUUUUCAUAUUCGGCAGCAAUGACUACAGUACACAUCAGCCCCAAUAUAUAGUAAAAACCAAAGAAAAUAAAGUUACCUGCGCUCUCUCCUUAAUCCCUAUGUAUAUGAAGACAAAUGGAGGUCAUUUAGUUGCUCCAAUGGCCAUUGGAGGGAAUGCCCACCUGCCAACGUCAAGGAGAGAGCGCAGGUAACUUUUUCUUUUCUUUGGUUUUUACUAUAUAUUGGGGCUGAUGUGUACUGUAUUCAUUGCUGCCGGCCCAGUAGUGAUGGGAGUGAGUGCAGGACUUAUCUUUUUGUAUUUGUAUUUACUUUGUAUCACACAGCCUUGUUACAAUGCUGCCGCCCAUCCCAUGUGUUCCCUAUUAAGGGUUAAUAAGUAUAUAGGGGUGUGUAUCUGUCUCAUUCAAGAUAUCUUUGCCAGAAGCUCAAGGAAGCAGGCUGAAGGGUCUGUGUAGGACCUGCUUUAGGGGGGGUCUGCCUUGACGUUGGCAGGCGGGCAUUCCAUGUCCAAUGGCUAUUGGAGCAACUAAAUGACCUCCAUUUGUCUAAAUAUACACAGGGAUUAAGGAGAGAGCACAGGUAACAUUUUCUUUUCUUUGGUUUUUACUAUAUAUUGGGGCUGAUGUGUAAUGUAGUCAUUGCUGCCGGCCCAGUAGUGAUGGGAGUGAGCGCAGGACUUAUCUUUUUACAUCUGUAAUAUGACUUCAGUCUGCGAGAGGUGGACAUAUUUGCUGGGCUUAUGAAGUACAAUUUAUUUUCUCUCUUGGCUAAAAGAGAAAAACAACCAGUGGGCACAACAAAAUCAAAAUGCAAACCGUGACGGUUAUCAACAAAUUGUACGUUUCCUUUUUUCUUUUUGGUGUUGGGGUCGGUUUCAGGCGGCUUAUUCUCUCUUUGGGUGGGAGGGACAGAGGAAGUUCUCUUUAUUGCAACCUUGAUGAUAAGAAAUAGAAGACAUAGUAUUAAAUGUUCUUUUUAAUUUUCAAAUACAAAACUUAAGUUGGUUUUCAAUAUUGUUAUAGGAUUAAAAUAAAAAAGGUGAGCUGUGUCUUUAAGACAACUGCAAUAUUAAAGGAUCACUAUAGGGUCAGGAACACAAACUUGUAUUCCUGACACUAUAGUGUUAAAAACACUGUAACGGAGCUCCUUGUACUCCGACUGAGUACCCUCCGCUGACGGAUGCUCCUAGCGCUUCCUGAGGACUCCAAGCGCUGCAGAAGACACCACAACCACCGCAGACUCCGCAACCGCCGUAUCUUGACUGGAGUCUCGCCGUCUUCCUUCCACCCUGGAUCAGCUUCUGUCCUCCAGGACUGUGUGGGAAAGAACUCUUCCUUCCACCCUGUAUGAACCUCCAGCAUCCAGGACUGUGUGGUGAAGACCCCUCCUCCAAGGAGAGCGUGUCAGGAACAAGCUCUUAAAAGAGCUAAGUGACUCAAGCUCAAGGGAGCAUGCAGAGCAUAGCAAUCCCCAGUGUGAUUAUAACAGCUCCCUCCAAUAACGAGACAAGGCUACAUUUAGAGGGAUCAAGAAGAACUGUCAAAACCUUUAUUUCCCUUGGGACCAGCCAAUAGGGUCACCACAAUAACAUUGUUGUGAAACCUCAAUAAAAUCACAAACAGUCAAACCAUAUCAAGCAACACACAGUGACUUAUCACAACACAAUGGCACAUUUUUAAAGGGGUGGGGGGAGACAAUAUUUAACAGUAAAUAUCUCACCUGCCUGCAGAAUUAGCAAUAUGCAAAUCUACCCGAAUAUGCAAAUGAACCAGUCUUGCAAUUCAGGUAGUGCAUAUUGCUGUUGCUACCAACAGAGGGCACUAGACAAGCUCCAUAGCCAAACCCACCUAGUUGGUAGCAAACCUCAGCAGUACAGGAGAGCAGGCAAUACAUUUCACAGUACACACACACUAUAAACAAUUACAUUACACACACCCUGCACCUAUAAUGGGUACAGGGUGACUAAAACAUAAGAUAAAUAAAGCAGCCUACAUAAAUAGUCUGUCUGAAGGUAGAAUAGGGGCUUUAAAGCCAAAUACAUCAAAGAGUCAUAGUCACAGGGGAGGAGGCUGGCAAGCAGGCCUCUCCAGUACUAAGUGGUGAAGGGCACUUCGUCACAAACACCAUCUAGCUCCCCUGGGCCCCUCAUGCCUCCAUAAUUAUAGUAAAAAAUCUUACUGUAUUCAAGCCUGAAGCUGUAAAUCUGCAUGCUGUUAGACUCAGAAAACCAAGCUGUCGGCUGACAUGUGGUAGCCUAAACCAAUCACAGUGCUUCCCCAUAGGAUUGGCUGAGACUGACAAAGGGGCAGAGUCGGCAUGAUUCAAACACAGCCCUGGCCAAUCAGCAUCUUCUCAUGCAGAGGGAGGCGAUACUGAAUCACAGGAUGCUGUGCACAGUCCUGCCCUGUGCUCUGCUGACAGAUAUGAGUGGAUGGAGGCAUAUUAUGCCUACAUAAACUCUGAUGUCCCUCUGGUUCACUCUGAGUGACUGUAACUGGAGGUGUUCCUAGCUUUCAAUGUAAACACUGUAUUUUCUCAGAAAAUAGUGUUUACAUGAGGAAGGCUGCAGGGAGCUAUAGUUCUCACCUGAACAACCUCAUUAAGCUAAAGUUGUUCAGGUGACUAUAGUGUCCCUUUAAGUGAAUACCACAAUCUGUUAUAGAACCAGCAAGUGAUAAUAAACAUCAAAGUGCACUAUUCAAUCAAUAAAGUGCGUAAAAGAUAAGUCCUAUCAAAUUGUUUAUAAAGCACAAUUAAGUCCGUCAAUAUACAUUGCAGUAGGAGUGUAAAGUGUUCCACGCUUCACUUACAUAAUACAUUAUCCUUAUGUCAUAAAUGCAAAGAGACUAAAAAUAAAACUGCAUAUAGUGUAAUAUUGUUCUAAAUAAUAUUCCAUAUAUCAGUCUGCUCAGGCUAUAGGUUGUGCUACCUUAAAGGGAUACUAUAAGUACCAGGAAUACAAAGCUCCCUCUGCUUCCCCCCCUCGCACCCCCACCAACGUGAAUACAGUGUUAAAAACCCUUUAGCUGAUCCCAGCCUCAUCCCGCGAAAGCAUUCCCUAUGGGGAAAUAGCUGACGCUGGAUGUCCGCUGGGGUGGGGGCUGGGCAGGUGUAAUGAAACUUUUAUUUUUUUUUUUAUUUUAUAGAAAUGCCAGUUUCUAUUGAAAUAUGCACUCUUUGUAAAAUUUCAAAAUACACUCUUCAGAUUAUAAAGACUUUCACAAUUUAAGGUGCUUUAGGCGUCUGGAGUGUCACUUUUAAUGAACCACUUUUGGUGUAUAAAUCAUCCACCUGUAGUCUCACUGCUCAAAUCACUUUUAUUUAUGCAGCACUAGCCACACUUCCCAGACUACGACUCAAACAGCCUGCAUGAAAAAAUGGUUUUAUUUUUAGUCCGAUCUGAGAGCACAGUGUGUUUUAUUUAGAAGCGUUUAUCUCCUGCUGUGUAUUUAAACCUUAAUCACACACGUGAGGCUACUGCAGGCUAUUUACAAAAUAUACACACAGAAACAAGUAAAAAGAAGGCGCUAGUAAUAAAAUCGUCUUAGAAUAUAGCUAUCCAAAAAAUAUAUUCUGAAGCUGCACCAAAAACAAGUGUAAAACUCCUCCAAACACACUAUAUAUAUAUAUAUAUAUAUAUAUAUAUAUAUAUAUAUAUAUAUAUAUAUAUAUAUAUAUAUAUAUAUAUAUAUAUAUAUAUAUAUAAAAUUAUAAAGUGCGCUGUGUCUUUAAGACCCAAUUAUAAAGUGCCACAAGUGCAAACACUGUAAUAAAGUGCACAUAAAGUGUAUAGUGUUAAUAAAAAAUUAUUAUACAUACAUAUGUCCUCUCAAAUAGAAAUGUACAUAAGAGACACAGAAAAAAACAAAUAGUGUAAACCUGUUAUGAAAAAAUAAAUAUAAAAUAUAAAUGCCAAAUAUUGCACUCACAAAGGUAGAGCAGAUAAAACCUGCUCUAACUACAACAGCUUCUUCAAAUAUAGGACUGCACAGACGAAAUAUUCCAAAAGAUGUAUUUAUUGCCCAGCACAGCACAAGUAUGUCACCUUCCUCCACAUCCAGUACAGGUUUACAGAGUGUUCGGUUAUAUGCAGCUUAGGGUGUCGACUAUCCCCUCUGUUUGUUCGCCGCCAUUAUUGCCGUUUCUACUGCUGCUUCCUCAAACUUCCGGGGGGAGGGGACUUCCAAAAGUGCGUGACGUACGGUGCGUAACUUGCGUGAUGACGCGUUUCGCCAUGUUCACGGCUUCAUCAGAUCUGCCCAUCCAUGUCCUUUUCGUUCUUCUAUACACACCCUUAUGGGUGUGUUCAAAUAGCUGUCGUGCAAAGUCUUUUAUCUAAUCGCUGGUAUCAAUCAAAAUUUUGUUAAAGUCUUGCAAGAGACCUUCCAGUUUAAUUGCAUUAAAAAAAAAAAUCAGUUAUUUUCCUUUGUAAUCCUUUUCCGAAAGAUAAUAAUUUAAGUAAAAAAUAAGCAUGCAGGAUAUUUGCAAUUAAGGUGGUUUUCCAAGUAGAGCCAAAUAGAAAGCAGGAUAAUUUUAGCUGACCGCAAUUGGGGUAAAACAAGAGCAAGCUUCUUGCUUCAGGUAAGUUUGAGAGUUCAUGUAAUUAGGUAAAUAGAAUUGGCUUUAACUUAUCUCUUGGGAGCUGACAUAAGGAGUAGUAAUGAGUCCGGUCCAUUAAUCAGGGUUAUAGAGGUCUGCAAGGUCGGUUUACAUUAGCCAGGUUUCGGUACACAAAAUAGUAUUCAGGGGAGCUCAGACAGCCAUUAUGUAUCUCACAGCCAAGUGUAAAUAAAUAGAUUUAAUCUAUUGGCUUUACUUGGAAAACCACCUUAAUUGCAAAUAUCCUGCAUGCUUAUUUUGUACUUAAAUUAUCUUUUGGAUAAUUUUAAGUAUAUACUGCAGGCUAUUAACAGAGGAGGAAAUACAUUCUAAAUUUACACAGCGUACAAGGAAUUUUAAACAUUAGAUCUCUCUUUUCAGGCAAUGUGUAAGGAGACUGUAGGUCACGUGCAGGGGAUUUGUGACCAGAGUGAUUAAACUCCUCAGUGGUCGAGAACUGCAGGGACAUGAUCUAUACGUUCAUUGAGAUGAAGUGAUUUUGGUGGUUAGACUGUUCCUUUACAUUAAAUGACAUUGGAAACCAGAUAAAUUUCAACCAACAACAAAAAAUUUUUUGACAAAUGGCACUGGCUCACAUUUUGCAAUUCCCACACCGACUAGUACCUGUCAUUUAGAUCGCCAUUAGACCCAGUAAUUGAGGGUUCGGUGAUCUAAAAUAAAGGAGCACAUAAUCCUAUAUAAUUAAUGUUGAUUUUUAAGAUUUCAGCAUUAUUUAUCCUAUUCAUGAAAUUGGCUCAAGUUGCUCAAAGUUCACCUUUUUACUAUAUUUGUCGAAGAGGGAGGAGAGGUCACCAGCACCGAGGGAGCCCGGCACUGGAUAAAGGUAAGUGCCUGAAGGUUGUUUUUUUUUUUUUAAAACCCCUUCAGCCCAGUGAGGGGUGUGGGGGGACCUGAGGAUGGGGGAAACUAAGGAUUAUAUAGUGUCAGGAAAACACGUUUGUUUUCCUGACACUAUAGUGGUCCUUUAAUAAUCUGUUCUUGUCUUGAUUUAAAUACCGUAGCCCCCUUGUGUUAUUUACAAAGCAGUGGGUGAUGGUCAUUUACUCGACAGUUGCGUAUCUUACCAAGACCAAAUUAAACAAGCACCUAACAGACACUAACCCUCUGUUACUACACAGCAAAAUGAUAUUCCCAAUUUCUAUGUGAAGAAAAAUACAGUAAUGCAGAAACUCUGGAAAUAGAAAAUACUUGGUCAUGAAACAUUGUCUCAAACUGCAUAUCCUUGAGGAUACUUGUCAUUUUUAUUGUACUUUUUCUGCUUCUGACUAUGCAGUCUUUUAAAUUAUAUUGUUAAAGGUGCAUUUAUAUACCACAGGACACUGCUGUAGUGGUUAUAGUGCUGGCAAGCCACUGGUUAUAUGUUAAAGGAACACUAGAGGGUCAGGAAGACAAACAUGUGUUCCUGACCCUAUAGUGUUAAAACCACUAUUUAGUUGACUUGCCCCUACCUAAUCCCAUUAUUUCCAGUGCCGCAUGGGUAUGCUUUCGCCUCCCCAGAUCCUUUUUUUUUUUUUGUGGACAUUAUCAGAAUUGUCCUUAGGAAAAGCAUUGGAUUGGCUCAGAUCGUCAAGAGGGCGGGACCAAACGCCACCUGGUCAAUCAACAUCUCCUUAUAGAUGCAUUGAAUCAAGGCAUUUUUAUGGGGAAAGUUCAGCGUCUCCAUGCAGAGCGUGGAGACACUGGAUGGCAGUGCUGAACAGUGUGAAGUGUGACUCAGGAACCACCUCUCCAUCUGAGGAGUGGCCACUGGAGGUGUCAAUAGGCUGUAAUGUAAACACUGCCUUUUUUAUGAAAAGAUGGUGUUUACUGCAAAAAGCCUGCAGGGACUAAUUAUACUCACUAGAUACAUUAAGCUGUAAUUGUUCUGAUGACUAGUUAUUUUUGAACAGUAUGAUACAGGUAGUUAUCAGGGAACCCAUGGUCUCUGUAUCACUAAUCUACUACUUUAAACUGUGUAUACAUAGUUAUUGUUAGAGAGAAUAACUGAGUUGGGGGGAAGGGGAAAAUUAAAUAUUCUACUUUUCCAAAAUUUUAUCACAAAAUUUUUAAUUAACCAGUUAAAUGAAUAAAUACCUUUUAUUGCCUUUAAAGAUAAGUACAUUUAUUUAAAAAUACAAGAGCUCUAUCUUUAUUUAGUAUCCUAAUCUCUCCAAUCCCAUUUGUAAAUCUGAUAAUUGAGUUUGUGAUUUAUGCACCGUGAAUGUGGGUGUGAGUGUUGCAGCAUUUUAUUACAAAACAUGAGGUCAAAAUAGUGUGCAUGACUUGUGAUUUAUAUAGGAACAUUCGUUAUGUGGAAGAAAUACUGCAAUGCGACACAUUGUUCUAAAUAUAAAAUAAGAAUUAGGUCAAGUGGGCAAGAAUACCGUGUUUCCAUUUGUCAUGUAGCAUAAACCGUAAUUUAGCAGUGCAUCCACCACCGAAAAUCACAAAGUUCCCAAGAAUAGGAAAACUAGGUUAAGGAACACUAUUCCUAAAUUGCCAAAUCAUCAUGUGGGGCUGAGGGAUCACAGGCCUAAAAGUAUUUAGUCCAUGGAAAUUGAUGUUCUUUGUAAAGUUAAUAUUUGUGGUACAUGCUGUUUAGGAGUUAAAGCGGCACUGUCAUGCCGAACUUUUCCUCAAUCUCUUCCUCUUCUCCCCCUCUCUCAGGAUCUGUUCUUCUUUUCUUCCUGACUUCUUUAGUUUACUUUAAAAUCAUAAGACAAAGUAGGGACUCUUUCCCUUAUGGAGGAUUCCUCCGCUUGACCAGCUCUGACCAGCGGAGGAGCAAAGUGUGCUUCAUUUUCGCUGGUCAGAGCAAUUUUCCCAUAAUUCUUACCUUUCCUCUGUUCCACAAAACUGCUGAAUUAUGUUCUAACUGAAUGAGAACAGUAUGUUCGUUUGUUUUAGAACGCAAUUCGGCAUUUAGUUCGGAUCGCAAUUUCAUUUGAAUGAAUGAAACUCCGAUCCUAUGUGUGCUGUGGCUGCAUCUUGCAGCCGCUUAGUAGAUAACUCCCUAAUUCCAACGGUAUCAGGGAGUUAUCUACCAAAAGGCUAAAAGACCUAAAUUGGUUUUUCAGCCACAUUUACUAAUACCAAGUAAAAAUUACUUAGUAUUAGUAAAUGCUGCCCCUACUUGCUAUACUGCCUGUGGCUGCUCACUGUAAUAUAUAUAUAAAAAAAUAAAAAAACUAUUGGCCCCCACCCCUAAACGACGGGUGGGGGUCCUAAAGUAAAAUAAGGGGGGGGAGACCUAUUGUCGUCGCCCCCCCCUGCGGUGGGUGGGGGUCAUAAUGAUGAGGGGGGGAUGGACCUAGGUCCCCCCCCCUCAUUGUCAUUUGGCCCCCACUACUGAGGACAGUAGUUCCCCUCCCCCAUUAUCAUCAUGGCCCCACCUGCGCUCAGGGAUGGAGGCCUGGGGGGUGGUGGACAGGUUCCCCCUUCAUUAUCAUUGCCCCCACCCGCCCAGAGUGCGGGCGGGGGAAGGACGGUGGUGUGUUUAUCAUUAUGACCCCCACCCGCGCCUGGGGGAGGACAGUAGGUCCCCCACCCCCAUUAUCAUCAUUGCCCCCACCUGCAGCCCAGUGGUGGGGGGGACAACAGGUGUGUCCCCCCCCCAUUGUAAUUUAUGGCCCCCACCCGCCGCUCAGGGGUGGGGGCCGGAUAGUAGGUUUUUUUUUUUUUGUUUUUUGUGAGCAGCCACAGGUCAUAGCGUGAGGGGGAACCUGGGGUGCUUUACAUAUUACAAGGAGAGAGCUGCGUGCCAGUAGCUCCCUCCUUGUAAUAAACUGUACGAACAAACGAACACUGAUACAGUGUUUGUUUGUUCGUCUGAUUUUUCUAUUCAUUCAUUCGUCUUUCUGAUGAAUGAAUGAAUAGAUGAAAUUCCCGUUCGCAUGUCCAGGUGUUUAACUGGGCAUGUGCGGAAUCUCAGUGCUAUCUAGUGUGGGCAGAUGAAGUAUCCCACAGGGACUUCCUCUACCCACACAAAGAUGGUGGCGCCCUGAAUAUAGAUUAGGGCAGAAAAUAAAGAUAAAAAAAGGUAAUGUGGGGGGCUUAGGGGCGUUUGGGAGUGACUAGGGUGUCAAUUAGAGAUAGGAGGCGGGAGGGGGGUUAAAAAAAAAACAAAAAAAAAACAGGAUUCGGCAUGACAGUGCCGCUUUAAAUCUUUUUUUUUUUGUUGUUGUUGUAUAUUUAUACAGCCAUAACCUUACCUUUCCUGACAUGGAGUCACACAGCCACCAUGAAAAUAAGUUUUCAAACCAUCUUACAACAGUGUUUGAUUUGGAAAUUAUCUCCUACUCUGUUAAUUAAAUGUUAAUCUCAUAUUGGAGGUUGCUGCAAACUUGAGCAGCAAUUAAACACACUGUAGAAGGAAAGUUAAUAUAAUAUGAGCUCUUUUUCAGGAAGUGGGUGGGUAGCCGGAGUGAAACACAUGGGGAGGGAGGUGUGGCUGUGGACGCAUAAACAAACUUGACACAUAAAUGACAGAAAAUUGAACAGUGAGACUGCAGGGGCAUAAUCUACAUACGCCAAAACCACUUUGUGGAGCUGAAGCUUGUUGCUGGUUACUAUGUCUCUUUAAAUUCUGUACAAGGAAUAAAUAAUACUUUGUAUUAAGAAUAUAAUAAUGUGAUUCUUUGACCUUGAUUGUCCACCAGGUCAGAUACUUAGAUGGAAAUUAUUCCUGCACUGAACAGGAGCCGUUGUAGGUUGGUACACACAUAACAAAUGGUCAGGAAGAAGAGUAGUGGGUACACAUAAGAAUUUUUGCUGUCUUGAGUCUAGUCUGAGAUGGCUUACAGUGUCUUCGUAAUCUUUGUAUAGUAAUAUAGGCUGUUACUAAAAUAGGGAGUUGGGACACAGUGGUGUCAGUGUAAGGAGGAGAUGGAUUAUGUAGCUACUGGGAAGUGUUGAUGAUAUCAAUGAUUCAGUUUGGAUAUAUUGUCAGCACCUGCACCCUUGAACUAUUCUCCAACAGUCAAAAUAACAUGAUAGAAGAAGAAACAUAAAAUAAAGAAAUGAACGUGUCACAGAACAGAAAAUACAGGAUUUUCAUGGACAUUUGGAUGAUCUAGUUGCAAAAAUUAUAAUAAGUAAAAAAUGUAUUGAUCUGGUAAUUUUCUCUUUUGCCGAAUUACACAUGUUAACAUUACUUUUCACCUGGAACUUUGUGUAUUUUACCAACACAGUUCUUAACAUUGUUUAUGCAUUAACACAUGUUUUUAUUUUUCCCAUGCCAAAUUGGUUCUUUCACUUUUUCUUAUAAAAGUGACUUUUUUUUGUAAUAUAAUCCAAAAAAUAGUGACUUAUCUAAUAUAUUUGUUUGUUGUUGUCCGUAUGGCUGACCAUAUUGUGUAUAUAUUGCUUGUGAUCAGCAAGUAUAAAAAUGUUUUAGUAUUUAGAACUGCAGCACUAGUAAAUAAAUGGUUUUGUUUUACUAGCUACAUACAAACACACACACUAUUUAUAUAGAACUCUUUUUUUCUCCAGCCAGCAAGAGACAGAGUAUGUACAGCAUUCCAUAUAAUUCUGCCAGUUAUGCUAGCUGUUACAGUCCAAAUCCUAGUGGAAGUCCAUACAGUAGUGGAUUCAAUUCUCCGUCCUCUACCCUUGUGAGACCUCCAGUAGUGAGGCAGCUGGUACUGCCUAGCAGCACAGGUGAGUAAAUAACAUAAUGUUUAUCUGUCAGGGGAAGAUACCACCUGAAUGUGUACUUACUGUGUCAAGGUGACAAAAACGUUUCUCUCUUUGCACUGCCUCUAAGGCAAUUUGUUCACAGGCAAACAAACUUCUCUGUAGACAUUGUUAGCCUUUUGCCAUUUUUGGUGAAAGGAAAGCCUAAAAUAAAAUGUUUAUUUCAGUGUUUACUAAGAGAUCUAAAAAGUCGUCAACACUUCCAACAUUUACUGCAUUGUUUCCUUGACAGGCUCCCCCAUGGCAUUAUAUAUUGAAGACUAUUUUCUUUUUUGUUGUGCAAGUUUUCUUUUGCAAAAGUUUCUUUGAACUGGCUGUUAGGGUCAUACCAUAAAUACAUUGUAAUAUGUUAACAAUAUUGGUUACCAAAUCUUUUUCAAAGCUGUUUUUGCCAUGGUGGUAUUUUAAGUCUCCUAGUGGAAAUAAUCGGCCCUUAUUGACGUCAGUGCAUAUUUUCUAAUCAGAUGCCAUCUGCAGAAAGUACAUCCAAUAAGCCAAAGAAACUCUGAUUCAAUUAUACUUAAUAGAGGUUUAAUUUAACAGGGACGUUUUAUUAUUGGCAGAGGCAAUACAUUUUCUAUUUCAGGCCCAAAUUCUAGGGUGCAUUUUAACAUGUUUUUACCUAAAUGUUAUUUCCUUGAUGUUGGGGGGUGGGGAGGUUAGAGACUUAUUAAAAAUGGAAAAUGAUGUAGACUGUCCUGCAACAUAUCCGCAUGCACUAUAAUGCUGUAGUUUUCAAUGCUGGGUUUUACAUUAUCAGUGGGACAGGCAUUGCAAUAACGAAGAACAAUAUACCAAUGGAAGAGAUUCUGACAAAAGAAAAGUAAGGGCACUAAUAAGUAGAGGGAAAAAAAACUACUACUUUUUAUAACUUAAGUAGACAAAUCAUGAUACUCAACAUUUUGCAUUUUUCUAACAAUCGUGCCUGGGAAAAUCCCUUAGUUAUCAUGCCACUUGUUCUGCAACACUGCAUCUUACAGAACAUCAAGGGAAUAAUUCUGAUGUAUAUCUGCCCCACUGUCCUGUGAAAUAAGCAUGAAGAGAGAAUGGUAUUGCACUGACAAGUAUCCUAAGAGGUUUUAUAGCAGAAAUUAGUCAAAACUGCUCACUCAGGUCACACACAUAUGUUCAGUGUUCUGUACUUUGCUUUUGUGUGUGCUGUAGUACAUGCAUGGAAUUCUCCAUCACCAUAGGAUUAAAUGGGUUACCAUGUCUGAGCUCUGUAUGGGUAAAAUAGGGUUGAAGAUAAUACACUCAAAUCCGUACAAACUAGACACGACAAAUGAGAAUGUAUUUACUAAUUUUGUUGCUUGUUUAAAAUGCAUUUAUUUUGUUUGAGUUAUUGACUAUGUAACCAAUGUGCUUGAUAAUUCUGCCCUUGAGUAUCCCUUUAAAUCAUUUUUUUCUGCACUUGGCAAUGGUUGUGCUCUUUACUUCUGAACUCUGGAUUUCAGAUACAUUUUUAUGAGCAUACUUCUGACUAUGUCUUGAAGGCACGCCUACACGUUUUUAUGUAUUCUCUUACUGGCAAUGCACAUAAAGACUAACCUUCUAAUGUCCCAAACAAUAAAUUGAUGUUAAGGAUUUCCAGUUUAUUGCAGUAUGCUGUGUAAGAGUCAAGUCACAACAUAGCACCCUUUUUUCUUUUUGAAAUAACACUUAAGGUAGAUUUUCCUGCAUCUCUUACAUACUGGGCUGUUUUAUGGGGACUUUACCCCACUAAAUGCUUCUGUCUUAUUCAUCACAGAGCCACUCCUUACAUUGGUAAACACUAGUGAUGUCCCGAACGGUUCGCCGCGGACUCAUCAUUGAGUAAACUUUGACCCUGUACCUCAGUCAGCAGACACAUUCCAGCCAAUCAGCAGCAGACCCUCCCACCUCCUGGACAGCAUCCAUUUUACAUUCAUUGUGAAGCUGCAUUCUUAGUGAGCUGUCCAGGAGGUGGGAGGGUCUGCUGCUGAUUGGCUGGAAUGUGUUUGCUGACUGUGAUGUACAGGGUCAAAGUUUACUCAAUGAUGAGUCCGCGGCAAACCGUUCAGGACAUCACUAGUAAACACUCAUACCUAUCAAAUCUCCUGUUUCGUAUAAACUAGUCUAUUUCUACUUUUUGCCUGACCAUUAAAAAAAAAAAAAAAAGGCUCGAUAUUUUUCAUCUCUUCUAAUCUUUAUCCAGCUUUGCAAAUUGUGUGCUAUUGUUUUCCAUAAUUUUAAUCCUUCAUUGGAUAACCUGUAAGCUCUGAUACCUUACCUUUAUCCGAUUAUUUUUCUCUAUCCUGACCCAUGAGUUUUGGCCAGGUCAAGACCAGCAACAGCACGCAGAUAACUUGAAAAUUAGCACCAUCUUAAAACAGAACUUUAAAUUGUGUUUCUUCUAAACAUAGGCCUUUGUUUAUUAUUACACUUAAACCCCACUGGUUUGCCCAAUUGUCAUUGUUUUUAUGUGUAAUUAGCUUCUUGUCCAUUCCUGACAUUAAUAGUAAGUGACUGCACAUGGUCAGUAGAUAAAGCCAGCAGUCCACAUUUAUUUACCAUGUACUUCAUUCAUUACGCUCCCUUAUAGGAACACUGGUCUAGCUGAAUGAAGUAUACACUAUAUAAUAUUAUAGUAGCAAUGGCAUGAUAUAAUCCGCAAUUUGUUGGUUUUGUUCUCUUAUUUACCAUAACAGUGCUGCUUUUACUUAAACGUGUGCAUUUCCUACUAUAUGUUCCUGAUUAAUGGUGGACUGAAUGUGUAAUUGCACUACCUUCUGUAUUCUCUGAAUGCAGCAAGAAGUAUAUAUACGUUACACAAUGUUUGAACAUUGUCAAAAGGAAACUAGAAUCAUAACUGGUGUUUUUAUGGUGUGUGUGUGUGUGUGUGUGUGUAUAUAUGUAUAUGAGUGUGUGUGUGUGUGUAUAUAUGUAUAUAUAUAUGUGUGUAUAUAUGUAUGAGUGUGUGUAUAUAUAUAUAUCUAUAUAUAUCCUAAUUAUGUAUAUAUUUUCUCCUUUUACAGCCAACUACAAAACUGCUGCAGAUAAAAAUCUUACUCCCGUAAGUCCCCAGUCCUCAAUAGACAGUGAGCUAAGCACGUCUGAGAUGGAUGAUGACUCAUUGGGUUCUGCUUACAAAUUGAAUGAUGUCACCGAUGUCCAGAUAUUGGCACGAAUGCAAGAAGAGAGUGAGUAUUAAGUUACAAUGGUUUUAUAUUCCAGAGCAUCCUAGAAUAAGACCUUCUUUCUGCUAAAUCUUUUAAUGCAGCAAAUGGUCAGAUAUAAUAACAUGCGUGAGGGAGGUAGGGUUGGCAUAUUAGCCAGGAAUUUACUGUUAAUAAGUGUGUUAACACCCUCAAAGGGGUAGUGAAUGAGCAAUGUUCUUCUGCAAGUGGAACUUUCACUAUAGGGAAGUUGUCAUAUUUACACUGCUGGGUGGGCAUCCUGAUUCAAAUGGGGAAAUGUUCUGGAGCCAGGAACAGAGUUGUGCUAGUGGUAAGCUGGGCAUCCACAUUAAGCUGAGUGUAGCGGAGGCUUGGUAUUUCACAGGUUAACUCCACUAAGAUCCCAGUGAGGCUCAAGAACAAGUGAUGAAAAAUCCCAUGAAGUAAUAAUUCCAGCAAGCAAGGUAAUCCACGAAUAUCCCCUUACAGAUCCCAAUGACUGGACGACACACAGCAUCAGGAGCAGAACUCCCUUUUAUUCCACACAACCUCCUUUUAAGCAUUUCUCCCAUGCAAGGGAGGGAUUCACAUUCAUUAGUACAGUACCCAAUGAAAUAGCCGUUACCUCCCACACAUCUCCUCCCCUUAGUAUGACACCUAAUCCCAUUAUACAGGUUACAGUUUUCCCCAAGUUCUGGAUGUACCCCAAGAUUAGCAGGUACACCAAUACUUUGGGUACCCCCUGGUAGCCCUGAUCUGGGUGACUAGCAUAUCCAAAAUUCACCCAGAUGAGACCAGGGGUUCGGGAGUUAGGUGGAGGGUGAAAUUUGACCGACCGCACACGAGGUAGUAUCCGAAAAGGGUUCCAUGCCCUGCGGUCGGUCUCCGUUCGGGAGGUAAAAUACACAGAAAUACAUGACAUCCACCAUUAAAACGGCAUUCACGUGAAUGCCCUUGUUCGGUACUCCAAAUUCUCCUAACGGGGGGCUGAUUCGUCUUCCCGUUCGUGAGUUAUGGAGCUCUGGAGGUGUCAGCGGUGUUCGGGUAAUCGAGUGUCCGAUUUGAGUUCCAGACACUCGACGACCAAACACCGCUGAGCCUUUCGUGCGUAAGAUGGCCGCCGCCACGUGUUCGCAUGCCGAAUGGCGGCCACCCAGAUACAUCCAUUAACCACCUAUUAGUCUGUGGUUAACAAGUACUUUACAGCUUAAUUAGGAACACACUUCACUCUGGGGAGGUCUAUUAGUUCGGUAGUUUCCAUUCGUAUGAAAUACAGAUGUAAACUACCGAACAAUCAUACGAAUGCCAGUUACAAUGACAUACAAAGCAGAAACACACAAAUUACAGGAUUCUCAUAGUCUUUAAGGACAGCCACAGUAUCAUCCGCUACACUGAGCUAGUAGUUUUCAAAAGUGCCAAGGGGGCCAUAGGCCUAUACUGCGUUUUUAAUACUGUAGUGACAAGAAUAAAAAUAGUUUUUCCUGUCACCAUAGUGUUCAUUUAACACCCUGGAUAAAAGUUACACUGCUGCCAAAGCUAGACACGUGGUUUAUUUACAGCUGUUAAUUGCUUCCUGUGUGUUAUUAGAAUAUUUGACAGAGUAGGAAAUAAAACUUCUUAAAUCACACUGUACUUUCACAUCUGUUUGGAAAUGAAACAAUUUUUUCAUGUAGGCUGUGUGAGUGACAGCCAGGGGAGGUGUGGCUAAGGCUGCAUUAACAGAAACAAAGGUGAAAGUGCAGGGGCAUGAUCUAUACUGUACACCAAAACUGUUCCAUUAACCGAAAGCUGUUCUGAUGCUUAGAGUAUCCCCUUAAGAAUCACAAAAGACACUGGUCCCUAAAGACACUGCUUGUAUGGAAUGUGGUGCUUAUUUUGCAGCUCUGCAAUUGUUUAAUGUGUUGGAUUUUGCUAGAACAUUUUUUUAAGACUGGGUUGUUAUGAUAGAAUAUAGGUCCUUAAGGGCUUCAAAAAAAAAAAAAAAAAGGGAAGAGGGUAGUAAAAUGGUGGUGGCGAAAGGCUUAAAAAAUUUGUGGUCAAUUCAUAAGAAUGGGAUAUGGCUACUGCCAUAGAGAGUCUGUUACUGAUGUUGGGACUGAGAGGAAAGUGGAAAGCAAAAUUUUUAGGUAAAUCCGAAUUAUGUAUUCAUGUACUUGAUGACACUUCAUGUUGUGGAAAGCAGGUUUUUACUGAUGUUUGCACUUUUGUGGGUUUGCUCUUAUUGAUGGAUUAUGGGUAAAUUUAUUUGCUAGAUGAAACAGAACCUUUCUUAAACUCUGCCAUUGUUAAGUGUUGACAUCUUAACUACUAUGACUAUUGAAAAGCAGUCCUAGCUUGUAUUUAUGUAUUUUUUAAUGAAAAAUAGAACACUGGGGGGGGGGCUUUAAAAGUGACUUGCGACCUCAAUUUUGGAAGGUAGAUAACACACUCACCAGGGGGUGAAUUUCUACUCGUGAGGCUAAAUUUUCACUCCCCAAUUGAGCCGUAUAUGGUAUGUUAAGCCUUUAGUUGUUUAAUCGAACAAACAGAACAAAGAAUACAGGUAGUGCCAAAAUAAAUACAAUACUGUGGUAAGUAAUCAAAAAAGGUACCAAGUAAAAGAUAAAAAUGUCCUUUUGAGGUUUUAAAAGUCUUCAAAUGUUGAUUAAGAUGUCUCCGGAGUGGUAUCACACAUCAAUGGCAUAUGCUAAAGAGAGAAUAGGAGACCAACAGUGCAGCAUUUUAAGUCUAUGGAUUAUAGACAACGUAGAACUAAAAAUUGCCAGCUCACAUUUUUCAGAGCUAUAACCAGCUCUCGGUAAAACUGCUUACAGUGCUAUUUCAACUCCCCACUUGUAGGAUAUCCCUCAAACAGUAGUUGUAGUGUAGUUUACAUGCAAUAAAAAUAAAUAAAAAAAGGCCCAUAGUACUCUCCAUAUUUGCAAAUAAGUAGUAGUAAAAUGAAAUAUACUUACAAUUUUGAGAGCAGACAAACCACUCUAUGGUAACAGCGAUCCCACCUAGGAUACUUUUGAUGAUGGACCUGAUGUGUAUGGAAACUAGGUUGCGCCAAGUACAAAUUACAAAAACAAAGUAUAAAAGACUGCCCCAAAGCAAAUAGGUAGUCUAAAAAUCUUACUUUUAUUUAAACAAAUAAUAAAAUCAUAACGCGUUGUGCCCUAUUAGGCUUCUUCAAGUGAGAUAAAACAUAUACCCACAAACCCACAAUGCAUAAAACAUAUACCCACGAACCCAUAAAACAAACCCACAAUGCAGAACACACAUUAACAGCCAUGCACAGCACAUGAGCUGGCAUGGAAACCACAGUAAAAGCCAUACACAGCACAUGAGCUGGCAUGGAAACCACCCUACAAUGCAGAAAACACAGUAAAAGGUUUGCAAACAACUAAGUUCCGCUCCCUACCUUUCCACCUCUUGAGAAAUGCACUAAAAAGUCCCAAAACCGCUGCAAAUUGCUCCAAAAGUCUCCAAAACUCACUGCAAAAACCUCUACAAUACCUCCACGCUCACAUGCUACCCAGACUCCAGUAUGCAGGGGGCGGGUCUAUAAUCCUGGAAACUUGCUUUGUAUUGUGAAAAAAUUCAUAAACCGAGGCAUUUUUUUCAAUGGAUUUACAUUCGUAAACCGAAUUUUUUGUUUACCGAGGCAUUCGUUAACCGAGGUACCACUGUAUUAACCCCUUAAGGACACAACUUCUGGAAUAAAAGGGAAUCAUGACGGAAUAUUUCCGUCAUGUGUCCUUAUGGGGUUAAAUUUCAACCUGUUUUCUUUGUGAAAUAGAACGUUUUAAAAACGGUUUUAUGUGCAUGUAUUUGGAGCAAUAAGGCAGUAUGUUUCUGUGAGGUCAGACUGCUGAAGUGCACUAGUGUGUAUAGUUUAUUUAUGUGAUUUUUCUACCCUGCGUUUAGUAGAGAGUUUCCAGUUUGAAAUCCAUAAAAACAGGGAGACUAAAACAUUACAUUUUUUAAAGUAAACCACUUUCCCAUUAUUUGUAAAAGCAUUGAAGGUGAGAACAAAACUCGUGUAUGGGAAAGAAAUGUGGUGGUCUGUGACGUUUUUCUAUUCUAAAAUAGAACAGUCUUCAGUCUUUGACUGCCCUUGUGAUUUGAAUAUUUAGCAAAUUGUUUGGUGGGAAGAUGUGCUUUGAACUUCAAAUGAUAACCAUAAAAUGUCUUUGCUGCAAAAUAAAUAUCUUGUUUUUAUUUAACUAGGUCUUCGCCAAGAAUACGCAGCUACUGCUUCUCGACGCAGUUCUGGUUCCUCCUGUAACUCCAUGAGGAGAGGGACCUACAGCGACCAGGAACUUGAUGCACAGAGCCUAGAAGAUGACGAAGAAGCAGUUUCUCACACAAUGCAUCUGUCUGUAAACAGAUUUUCAGCAUCUCCCCGUCACUCGCCGCGACCCUCUCCUAGACAGUCACCAAGAAACUCUCCCCGCUCUAGGUCCCCAGCUCGAAGUCUGGAGUAUAGAGGUGUUUCCCCACAGCCUAUGAUCAGUCGCUUGCAACAGCCUCGACUUUCUCUUCAGGGUCAUGCCACUGAAAUGCAGACAAAUGUGGUUAAAAAUGAAGGUGAGAUCAGACACGUGAGUGGGGGGGGAGGGGAAGAUGAGUUUGUAUCACAUUUUUACUGAUUUAUUUUUGUUUUUUCAGCACUUUUUUGAUCAGCUUAGAUUACUUGCUGUUUUUUGUUCUAUAAAAAAAAUGAAAAUAGUGUGCUGAUUUCAUAAAACUGACAGUAAUCUUGUCUGAAAAGUCAAUGAUGCUCUGCUAUAUUCGCCCUGCCAUGGGCAGACCCUUUGGUAACAAAUCUACUCUAUGCUCCCAACCUGCUUCUGGUUCAGUAACUCUAUGAUGAAUGCUGCCUGUAGGGCUGUCCAGCAUGUCCAAAAUCUAUCAUGUGCAAAGUAGAGAACAGAAACACUAGUUACUCAGCUUAGGUUGAGUAUAGUAUCAAAAUGAAGUUAACUAUCAAAGCAGAAUCUGUUGCUUAAAAGGACACUCCAGGCACCCAGACCACUUCUGCCCAUUGGAGUGGCCUGGGUGCCAACUCCCACCACCCUUAACCCUGCAAGUGUAAUUAAUAAUUACCCUGCAGGGUUAAGCCCUCUUCUAGUGGCUGUCUAUUAGACAGCCACUAGAGGGACUUCUGUGUUCUUAGAAAAAAAAUUUAAACGACACUUGAUGUCCUCACGCUAUGUGUGGACCUCCAGCGUUGCCGAAAUCCCCAUAGGAAAGCAUUAAAUUAUGCUUUCCUGGGGAGGUCUAAAGCGUGUGCGUGGCCAUUGCUGCGCAUGCGCAUUAUGUCUCCCCCAUCGGCGGGGGAGGAGAGUAGGCGAGCCUUACCUAGCGCUGAUGUCUCUGGAUAAGUCAAUGAAGGGAUUUUAACCCCUUUAGCAACAUAAGAUGGGGGGUAGGAGGGACAAAUGUUUUCCUGGCACUGGAGAGUCCCUUUAAAUUCUUAUUGGUAUAAUUUAAUGAAAUGCAUUAUAUGUUGUGGUAUGCAUGCAGCUCAGAUCACAUGAAUGGAAAUGUAUUUUUAAACAAGUUAUAUGUACUUUGUUGAAGUAUGAGCUCUCCCUCCCUAUAGGGAUGGGCUCAAUGGAGUAUUCUAAGCAACAAAGUAGAGUGGUAGUGGAGGAGCAGUUUGCACCCUCUGUUACUCAGUCUAGGGCUCAUAUUCCCUAUUCAUUGUUCUAAUUUGGCAUAGUCUGGCUCUCAUAUCAAGCACACUCCAGGUUUAUCCAUUGCCUUCCUAAGAGGCAGGAAAGUAGGUUUUAGGGUGUAGUCAAAUACUUAAACUUUUUGGAGCCCUGGGACCUUCACAUAAAAGGAGUCUAUAGAGCGACUGUAUUUCUAUGACUCCCUUCAGAAAGUGUACAUGUUUUUGCAUUUCUAAUACUUUGGUUUGUUGUGUUUUUUUGUUUUAUGCAGAAAAAUUAAGACACAGUCUUCCAAACCUCUACAGGGCAACAGGCAUUCAAUCUGCAGAGGCUGUAAAAAACAGCAGAAGCUGUGAGUCUAAUUUACAGGUUCCAAAUGGAGGAAUGUCUCGAGCGCCCAGUACUUCCAGUAUGUACCCAAUAUGCCCACUCCAUACGCAAUUUCCCUAUUACAGGGAUAUGUAACAUCACUUUCCUGGUCAACAUGGGUGAUCCAUGAUUUGUUUUUUGUUUUUUUUAAAGCUUUCAUUUUGAAAGACCACCUGUCCUGCAAAAUGACAGUGACACUUUAAAGAGCUUACAAUUCCAUUAUACACUGUGCUUGACGAACAGACUGCAAACUAUAGAUAAUAUAUUCUACACUAUUAUUUACAAUUGAAUUUAUGAACAUGUUAACGUUGUGCUGUCUGCACGCAGAUAGGUGAUUACAAAUAAGGCCCCAAAUUUGGACAUUAUUUUUUUCCAUCUCAAACUUUUGCACUUUUAAAAGUGUUAAACUAUAAAGCUGAACCUCUACUAUGAGAUGGCUUAAUUAUUCCAAUACUGAUUCUGAAUAAUUUUUAUUGGUUUAUGGUAAACAUUUAGGAUUUUGAUAAUUAUCCCAUUACUAGUUUCUGUAAUUUCGUUUUUUGAAAUCAUAGAUAUAGUUGCUAAUUGGUAAUAAUCUGAUCUUGGUUUAUUUUUUGUAUUUUUUUUUUUUUUUUUUGUUCGACGAGCCCAGAAUAAUAUUUUGUAAAUUUUACAUAGCUCUUCACCUUGAUAUUGCUGUUAUACUUUUAUUGGGUGGGCGUGGAUGGGAUAUUUACAUAUUCAGUGUUCAUAAAAUGGUUAUUAUGUGUGUUUUGAUAAGCAUUUACAAUCUGAGCUGCAUGUCUCCUUACAUUUUUUUACAUGCUGCAUGUUCUGCUAUGGGUGCAUGUAACUAUAUUGGUCUGUAUUCUUGGCAUGUACAGAUGCCCUUUGACUGGUUAAAUAAGAAGGAUGUAAGGUGUUAUUAGCAUGUUGGCUUUUGCUUCACAACCAAUGUGACAUUUUGCGUUAUUUUAUUUUGUUUGUAUGUAAUUGUUUGUUUUUAUGUUGUAUGAAAAACCUAUACUUGGCAAACUUCUGAUUAACCCAUUUGAAGAAGUCUCAGAUUUGCUUUAGAGUUUUUAAUAAACCGAAUUACAUGUAGACUUUAUUAUGCAGAUAUGUUAUUGCUUGCCAGCUCUUGUUGUGCAACAUAAUGGUUGUUUAGUGGAGAUGUUGGGGAUGCACUUGUUCAUUUUGAACGGAGUGAAUUUCACUCCCUGACAUUAAUACCCAAUUUUUCUUUGUCGACAUAAUUAGUAAUUUUGUUUUUGUUUGGCUCAGUCUUCUCAUUGUCCUCUCUUCCGAUAAGCCAAUUGAAUAUUUUCUUUCAUAAAUACAUAUCUGAGCCAUUUUAUGUCUUUGGGCUGGGAGAGCUUUUACCUUUAGCAGAAAGUACCAUAGAGAUUUAAUUUGUCCAGUUUGCUGGGAUAUGAUAAAGCUGACAUUUUAUGGGAUGUUCUGUUGAAAAGUGGUUCCUCCUAAAAUAUUAUCCCAUUUUAUCUCAGUCAAAUCUUGAUCAUUUUUUUUUUUUUGCUGAUGACACUCAAUUGAGUGUUUGACAGUGGGCAGCCAUUAGUACAGAAGGUAUUACUAUGAGUAUCUGUUCCAGCCAAGUUAAAGGGACACUAUAGUCACCAGAACAACUACAGCUUAUUGAAUUUGUUCUGGUGAGUAGAAUCAUUACCAGAGAAAAUGCAGUGUUUACAUUACAGCCUAAUGAUAACUUCACUGGCUACUCCUCAGAUGUCUGAGAGAUCCUUUCUGGGUCAUGGCUGCCUAAAAUGCAUCCAAACAUUCAGUGUCUCCUCCCUCUGCAUGCAGACACUGAACUUUCCUCAUAGAGAUUCAUUGAUUCAAUUAAUCUCUCUGAGGAGAUGCUGAUUGGCCAGGGCUGUGUUUUAAUCAUGCUGGCUCUGCCCCUGAUCUACCUCCUUGUCAGUCUCAGCCAAUCCUAUGGGGAAGCAUUGUGAUUGGAUCAGGCUACCACUUCUGAUGAUGUCAGCAGAAUGUUUUGUUUUUUUAGGCAAGCAGCAUGCAGAGUUACAGCUUCUGGCUUGAAUACAGUAAGAUUUUGCUAUAUUUACUGAGGCAUGAGGUGCCCAGGGGGGCUAGAUGGUGGUGUUAACACUAUAGGGUCAGGAAUAUGUUUGUCUUCCUGACCCUAUAGUGAUCCUUUAAAUACUCUGGGGAAUUUUAAACUAGUUUCUCUGCUUUUAUUGGACUCUUUGAUCUCAUCUAUUCUUAUAGUCUGAAAGUUGGCCUUUAUGCGUAUACAUUCAAAAUGUAUUAAUGGCUUUAAAAGCUGUGCAUUUGUAAUAUGGGCUAUUGUUUGAGAGACUGUGAAAUGGCAGCACUAAAGUGUACUAUUUACUAUGAAAUCAUUUUAAUAUGGUUACCUUAUGGGGUUGUUGUGCUGCCAUAUGCCAUUUGUAUAUCAACAUUUUUAAAUAUUUUUUUUUUUUUUUUGGAGGAUGGGAGGUGGUUAGCAAAACACAAACUCUAGAGUUGAUGAGCCCUAAAGCACUAAAAUGGUAUCCUCCUUGUCACUGAGACCUAAGUCAGUGUUUGGGACAGAUAUGCACAACAAACCAUAAUCUGUAAAUAGAAUCUAUUAUUCGCCUGCUAUUUUCAUAACGCUAACAGGUCGUGUGACCUGUUCUACACCAUACUAUACAGUUAGCAUGGAUGCUAGCAAGACUGACCUUUCCCAAGUCACUGUUUCUUCUUUUGCUGAAAAUAAAAGCAAGAAAUAUGCGUUUAAAAAAAAAAUAAAAAAAAUCUACAAUGUCAAAAUGAUCUUCACUUGUAAUUUAAGAACAGGCCUACAGCCAUAAAUCAAAAUAAAACUGUAAUUGGCAACAGAUACACCUUUUCCAGAUAAUGAUUAACCCAUACCUUUUGUAUUCGUUACAAGUUAAUGUUUUUCAGUUUUGGAAUCAAAUCUGUAAAUGAACUGUGCUGUGCUAUUUUAUAAAGCUGUAAACGCGUACAUUUAAUAUUUCUUCUAAUGCAAUGCAUAUAUAUGAUCAUAGUACAUCAGUCAGUGUUUGGAUUCUGUGUAGAGAGGUUGUCAAUUUGUAAAAUACUUUCACAUCAGAACUGUUUUUACUAAAGGCACAUUCAAGGUUGGUACCACUUUGUCAGGCUGCAUCUCCAGUGUUCUCACCGCAACCUUACGGAUUUUAAUUUCUGGCAUGCUUUAUGCACACCCUCUUAUUUUACAUUGUUAUGGCUUUCUCACGCCGCAGUAUGAAUCCUAGCAUUACCACGGUCACAUCUGAGUUUGCAUCUAUUUAUUUUAAAUAAAUCUCAGAAAAAUGUAAUUCUUCCUUGUAUUUCAACAGCACCAAAAAGGCAGAUAAGUAUGCCACGUUCUUCCCAGAAAACAAAACCGGGGGUUCAAACUUCAGCCCCUAAAGGAGGUAAUGUUCACAACCUCAAAAUUCAGUCUAAAGUCCAGUCGGCCAAUUUUACUUGUUUUUUUUUUUUUUUUUUCCUUCAGAUUCUUCAGUGACACAUUUUGCUUUAUUAAAGCUCUUAACAAAUGUCAUACAUUGUUUGUCCUGCAGAAUCUGUCCAGAGCGUUUCUUGGAGAAAAUCCACUGAGUGAUUGGCCUUUAAUUUAAAUCUCUCCUCUGAUUUUGCAUAAAUCUAUUUAAUACAGUGCUGCUAAAUGACACAUACUAUUUACUAAAACCAUGCUGUAGGAUAUUUAGCAAAGACCCCCUCCCCCUAUUGUGACUGCUCCACUUAGUUAUACUUAACUAAAUCUGUCCCUUACAGGUGCAACCACAGUCUUCCUAAUGGUCAUCUUCAGCUCCUUGUGCUUCAGCUGCCUGGAGCUUAUGUUGGUGUUCUAACCAUUGGAAGGCGUAAGAGUUCAGUAUGCAAGACCACAGGAUCAUCCGUAGAUGGAGCCUUUUUCCCUACUGCUGUCACUACUGACAGCUUGAGGAAAUUACAAAACUUAAUGGCGUUGGCUCCACCUUUUUGUCAGGUUUUGUCAAUACGUCCCUAGUUUGUCUUGGUAUAUCUGUUGACUGCAUUGGAAAUUCAGUAAAAUUUCAACACCGUCAUUUUAGGUGUUUCAUAAAGUUUUUAUCUUGGUGAAAUAGUAAUUUUGAAGGGGGUGUGACCAUGCUGCUUUAAGGACAAGCAGCAAACUAUGCCAGAGAUAUGCAUCCUCUGACACUCCAAAUGUUGUGUACUGCAUCUCCUAUAAAGCUCUUACAGCCGCAAUGCGAGCAAAGCAUCAUGGGAAAUGUAUUCCAAAACAUCCUGAGUUCGAAGGUUGCCUACUCCCAACCUACCCAGUUAUGGAUCUGAUGGGUGUAGUUGUGGAGGGGGGCCAAGCUACAUAUUCCAUUAACUUCUCCUUGACAGAGGUUUAUGGGAUAACAUCACACCCUAUAGAUCAAACCAGUCUCCUGGUUGGCAGUACCUCUUCUUGGUUCUGAGAAGUGCUUCCUUUUGUGCACUUAUGGAUUAGCGGCAACAACUGCACUUAAAAGGGAGUCAACAUAAUGCAUGGAAUGUGUAUUGGAAGUACUCUUCAAAUGAUAGUUUCACUCUAGGCUAGAUGAUCUUAUAUUUGUUCUGUGUAGGGGUGGGGUCUUGUAAUUAUCUGACAAUUUAGUAAUCUCUGUUUGGCAGUUCUUUUCCUAAAUAUAAAUAGCAGAGAGCAUCUGAAGUAUCAUGCUAAUCUCAGGGCCUUAGAGUGGCUAUAGUCUGAUUUACUCCCAGCACUGUUGGGGAGAGGUCACUGUUGUCUGAGACACAUCUAGCUAGACACAAGAUAAUAUCACAAAGUGCUUUUAUCUGCAGUUUCUUGCAGUAGUCUCAGAACCUAUGUAACCUCUCUUUCUGCAAAAAUCUAAACAAGCAAUGGGUUUAUAAGGAGCUGAAACAUGUACAUGUUUGUGUUGAGCAUAUGCUUCUUAAUAAAUAAAUGUCUAUUCCUUUGUGGCUGUUAGAGUUCUACAUUCUGGGUGUGAUUUAAUAUUAUUCACCAGGCGUGGUCCAUACAUUGCUUGCUUUAUUGAUGUAUUUCUUAUUCAUCAUUUCUUCCACACCCCUAUUGUCUGCUGAGUCUGUGCAUUGUCUGAGUUUUAUGCCAAUUUCUUCAGCACUUAAGCUUGUCUGUACAGUGUCAUCUCAGUUGUAAGUUCUUGGAUUCGGAUUUCCGAUCUAUUUUUUUGUAUCUACCGUUUACUUUAUUCUAAAUAUUUAGGAGUGGUACGUGUUAUGGAUAUGUUAGGUACGUGUAUUUGGGGAAAGCACAACUUGCUUCCUUAAGUGCGGCCUGUUGAGUUUGCCCUAUUUUUCUUUUGUUGAAUUACAUUUAUUUUGCAUUUUUUUUAGACAUUGAUGGUCUUCAAUCUGAGGUUAGAUGUGGCGAUACUCUUGGAAUAUUCAGAAAGUGAAUAUUUGGAAAUAAAAUGGGAUCAUUUUCUAAAAGUGGAUGAUGAAAACUCUCGAUUUUAAAGUCAAUACUAAUAUGUACUAUCCAAUAAGAAUUCUAAACUGUAAUAAACCUAAAUAUACUUUAUGUAGGAACAAAAAAACCUCUAACAGUAUGAAUUUCUAUUGCUGCUACACGUCCCUCUAACUACUUGAACCCUCGAAUGCUUCUUGACUUGUAUAAUUCCAAAUGUUGUGAUUUUACUGCCCCUUUCCCUCCUUCCACAGGUAUAAAUCUCCUUGUACAGAAUAAUCUACUCUUCCCAUUUCAUUUUAGAACAAUUUGCAUUUCAUCAUUCAUAUAAACAGAUACAUAAGGCCUAGAACCUUAAAGGAACAUUAUAAGGUCAUGAAUACAAACGUGUUCAUGAUCCUACAGUGUUAAACAUAUUUUAGGCUCUAGGAUUCCCCUUGUCCGCUUUAAAAAAAAAAAAAAAAAAGGAAAACUCACUCCUUGGUUGAAAUCCUCAAAACUGAUGAUCUCAGCCAAUUCAAUGCAUUACCAUAGGAAAGCAUUGGGAGGCUAAUGCACACACGCGGCAAAACGCUGCACUGCGCAAAUCCUCAUAGAGAUGGAUUCAUUUAAUGCGUCUCUAUGGGAAAGUUCAGCGCCUCCAUGCAGAGCGUGGAGACGCUGAAUGUCACUACUGCACUGAGUGACUGCCACUAGAGGUGUUCCUUGGCAGCAAUGUAAAUAUGUUCACAUGAAAAUGCCUGCAGGGACUGGGGGUAAACACCAGAACAAAUACAUUAAGCUGUAGUUCUGGUGAUUAUAGUGUUCCUUUUAGGGAUCGACCGAUUAUCGGUUUUACCUAUAUAAUCGGCCGAUAUUCGGUAUUUUCGGCAAUAUCGGUAUCGGCCAAUUCAGAUACCGAUAUUGCCGAUAAUACCUCCUAGGACCGCCAGGCUCAUUACAAGCCCGGCGGUCCUGGGGGGGAGCAGGCAGCAAGCGCUUACUCACCUCCCAGCAGCUCCUCCAGCUCCCCAGUGCAAAUCUCGCGAGACCCGCGGCCGUCCAUGGCAACGCUCCGCGCGACACGCUGGCCGCGAGAGUUGCACUGGGGAGCUGGAGGAGCUGCUGGGAGGUGAGUAAGCGCUUGCUGCCUGCUCCCCCCCAGAGCUCAGCCAAUACCACUGGACCACCAGGGACUGCUAUAUCCCCCUCCCUGGCCAGGUAUGAAACAGGGAGGAGGGACAACAAAAAUAAAUAUUAAAUAUAUAUAUAUAUAAAAAAAAAUGUAAUAAAUGCCCCCCCUCACACACACACUCCAUUAUAUACACAUACACUACACAAACACACUGUGUAUAUAAUGCAGUGUGUGUGUAUAUAAUGUAGUGUUUGUGUAGUGUGUUUAUAUAAUGCACACUACACAAACACACUACACACUGCAUUAUAUACACACACUACACAAACACACUCUAUAUAAUGCAGUGUGUAUACAAUGCAGUGUUUGUGUAGUGUGUGUAUACAAUGCAGUGUGUGUGUAGUGUGUGUAUACAAUGCAGUGUUUGUGUAGUGUGUGUAUACAAUGCAGUGUUUGUGUAGUGUGUGUAUACAAUGCAGUGUGUGUGUAGUGUGUGUGUAUACAAUGCAGUGUUUGUGUAGUGUGUGGCAGUGUGCGUAUAUAAUGCAGUGUGUUUAGUGUGUAUAUAAUUAAUGCAGUGUGUGUUUGCAUAGUGUGUUUAUAUAAUGCACACUACACAAACACUGCAUUAUAUAUACACACACACACUAUACAAACACACUCUGCAUUAUAUAAACACACUACAUUCGUUAUAUACACUACAUAAACACACACUUUGCAUUUAGUAUAUACUGCAUUCACUUUACACACACUACCCACACACUACACAAUCACUCUGCUUUCAUUAUAUACACACACUACACUAAUACACACUGCAUCCACUACACACUGCAUCCACUACACACUAGACAAAUACACACACUACACAAACACACCACACAGACACACACUGCAUCCACACACACUACACAAACACACACUGCAUCCACUACACACACUACACAAACAUACACUGCAUCCACUACACAAACACAUACAGCUCCCCUGUCUAAACACACUGUAUCCACUACACAUGGCAUGUAUAUUUUGUGCAUUUACCUUUAGAAAUGGUUUUUAUUUUCCAAAAUGGUAAAUGUACAGAAUAUCGGCAAAUUAUAUCGGCUAUCGGCCUGAAAGUUCACGGAAUAUCGGUAUCGGUAUCGGCUCUAAAAAAUCAAUAUCGGUCGAUCCCUAGUUCCUUUUAUAUCCAGUUAUUUAUUAUCUUUUUUUCGUGGUGGAAUUUGUCUGGACAUUUGGAUCCACCCCUGACACUUAAUCCAUUCUUGAAGCACACAUUUAGUGCUUUAUAAAUACUUUAUUUUAUGAUAUUAAUAAAAGUUAAAUUUUAAGGGUACUUGUUAAGUACAUACCAAGUAAGUUGUGGUGGGAAAAAAGUGUGGAUAAAAGCCCUUCCAUCUGAUCAAGGUGGAUAGUUAAUGCAAUGUUAAACAUAAAUACACACACCAGGCAAGCCAGUAAACUAUCUCAUGCUGAUGAGUUGAAAUAACGAAACAGCUGUCCAUUGCGCCUCUACCUGAGUUGUGUUUCAAAGCUGUUGUAUGCAGCAGACACAUACUCAAAGGAAUCCAUGUAUAAAGUGGAAUUAUGAGGCAAAACUGUGAUUCUUUGUUGAGCUCAUUUGCAUACGCCUACCAAAUCUCCCCCCCACCCCCCACCACAACGUAUUUGGGGGGGGGUCGCAAAAACGUAAAUCAAUGAGUACAGUAAUCUUUUACGCCGCCAUUCUUUGUUACAUGCAUCUACCCAAUGCCCGUGGUACCCUGUGCCAGGCCCAUCUGUAUGCUAUAGUGACUUGGCAGCAAUAUCUGCCCAGUUGCUAGUAUUUUAUGACGGCAAACAGGCAUUGGCUGCUUGUUCUUGAGCAAACAUGCCCCCACUCACUACAUGGACAGCGGGGACAGGAGGGAGGUUUAAGCCCUGUCAAUAUGGGGGUUGUCACAGUGACCCCCCCGUGUUUCUCUAGUAGCUGACAGAUUUCAGGUUUAGCUGUGGGAAUUUCAGCUGAAUUUAGUUGAAAUUCUGUUUUAUUUUUUUGAAGUGAAAGCAAUAAUUUUUGUCUGGCUUUUGACAAUAGAAUGUAAUCGCCUAUAUUGAAAAGGUUUACUUGGGUGCUCAUAUAAAAGCUAAUUUUUACAACAAACUUCUCUAAAAAAGUUUGGUAAACACUGUAACCAUUACAGUUCGAGUCUUUGUUUUCUGUCUGAUUGUGUGAAGAAUUGGUCCCUAAAGACUUGUAGCACCAUAACUAUAUAACUUUUUUUUGUGAUGUUUAGUGUGCCCCUUUAUCAGUUUGCACUGCAAUGUACACACAUUGAUUUCUAGUACUGUAUGAUUGUGGUGCUUAAUUUAUUAUCUUUUUGUUGCGGUCAGUAAGUAAACAUGACAAAUGCCCAUAGUCUUUAUGCUUUCUUUUCCUGUUUAUGCAGUACCUUCACCAUGCAAGUUCCGCUCCCCUUCAACACCUUCACCAUUAGCAUUGAGACAGCCUAUGAAAGCUUUAAGUAAUCAUGGUUCUCCAAAUGCACAAGAAGCUACCACUGUUUCACAGAACAGCCCUUCAACAGCCACCUCUACAAGCCAACCUCCUGGCUCUGCAAGUCCAAUUGCCAGAACUGGGCCUGCAAUGAGAAGUGGCUUACCCAGACCUAGCACACCCUCAGGUGGGAGUAUACCAGUGCCUCGCAGCAAAAUUGCACAGCCAGUUCGGAGGUAUGUUGAUAAUGCCCAGUUUGCACUGUUUAUGCAUGCCCAAGCUGUUGUAAUACUGGUUCAUAUUGCAUUUAGAUAAUGACAUAGAGCUUGUAAACGUAAGGAAAAGGGUAUUUUGGUUUGUAAAUACCUGCAUGACUGAAUUGGUUCCUUGUUUUAUAUAUGAACACUUUAUACAUACAUCUAUAUUUUUAUGCUUGUAUUCAUUGGGGGUGUAGCCUAAAAUAGAUACGUCCAUAAAUCCAUACAUAUGUUCAUAUACAUCAAGCAUGUCAGACUCGCGGCCCACAAUGAAUAAAUUGCGAGGGUUUGCCAUGAUUACCAAGGCCGAGUCAGUGGAGGAUCCAAAGCCUGAUCUCGGGAGGGGCACUUGUAGAUUAUUUAAAGAAAUAAUCCAGAUACAAUAACCACUACAGCUCAGUGUAGUUGUUAUGGUGCCAAUUUUCUUACCGUUUGGGACUAGGGCUGUUUUUACAUUUCUGCUAUGUUUGUGUUUCCCCUCCCAGAGUAAGUAGUCAAACCGUUUAAGAACAGUUUGACAACUUACCUGAGGUCUCCUGGGAAAUGGGGCUGUCAUAGGGCAUAGGAGCAGUGGUGUGUGUGUGUGUGAAGGUAGCAGUGUGUGUGUGUGAAGGUAGCAGUGUGUGUGUGUGUGUGAAGGUAGCAGUGUGUGUGUGUGUGAAGGUAGCAGUGUGUGUGUGUGAAGGUAGCAGUGUGUGUGUGUGUGAAGGUAGCAGUGUGUGUGUGUGAAGGUAGCAGUGUGCGUGCGUGAAGGUAGCAGUGUGCGUGCGUGCGUGAAGGUAGCAGUGUGCGUGCGUGCGUGAAGGUAGCAGUGUGCGUGCGUGCGUGAAGGUAGCAGUGUGCGUGCGUGCGUGAAGGUAGCAGUGUGUGUGCGUGCGUGAAGGUAGCAGUGUGUGUGCGUGCGUGAAGGUAGCAGUGUGUGUGCGUGCGUGAAGGUAGCAGUGGUAUUGAUAGCGUCGCGUGAAGGUAGCGGUGUGUGUCGCGUCGCGUGGUAGCGAGUGUGUGUGUCGUGAAGGUAGCGAGGUAUUAUUGUCGCGUCGUGAAGGUAGCGGUGUGUGAUAGAUGUGAUGAAGGUAACUUGGCGGGUAUUAGCGUCGCGUGAAGGUAGCGGUGAUGAUAGCGUCGCGUGAAGGUAACUUGGUGUGUUGAUAGCGUGCGUGAAGGUAGCGGUGUGUGGCGUCGCGUGAAGGUAGCAGUGUGUGUGGCGUCGCGUGAAGGUAGCGGUAUUGAUGAUAGCGAUGCGUGAAAGGUAGUGUGCGUGCGUGAAGGUAGUGUGCGUGCGUGAAGGUAGUGUGCGUGCGUGAAGGUAGUGUGCGUGCGUGAAGGUAGUGUGCGUGCGUGAAGGUAGUGUGCGUGCGUGAAGGUAGUGUGCGUGCGUGUGAAGGUAGUGUGCGUGCGUGUGAAGGUAGCAGUGUGUGCGUGUGAAGGUUGCAGUGUGUGCGUGUGAAGGUUGCAGUGUGUGUGUGUGAAGGUUGCAGUGUGUGUGUGUGAAGGUUGCAGUGUGUGUGUGUGAAGGUUGCAGUGUGUGUGUGUAGGUUGCAGUGUGUGUGUGUGAAGGUUGCAGUCAGUGUGUGUGUAGGUUGCAGUGUGUGUGUAGGUUGCAGUGUGUGUGUAGGUUGCAGUGUGUGUGUAGGAUUUGCAGUGUGUGUGUAGGUUGCGGUGUGUGUGUGUGUGUGUGUGUAGGUUGCAGUGUGUGUGUGUGUGUAGGUUGCUGUGUGUGUGUGUGUGUAGGUUGCUGUGUGUGUGUGUGUGUAGGUUGCUGUGUGUGUGUGUGUGUGGGUUGCAGUGUGUGGGUUGCAGUGUGUGUGUGUGUGUGUGUGGGUUGCAGUGUGGGGGGCAGUGUAUGUGUCUGUCUGAGUGUGCGUGCGUCUGUCACUGUUGCGAUGGCCACGGCUGGCUAGUGAAGGACAUGAAGGUGCACAGAGGCACGCAACGCCACGUCACAUUCUGACAUGACGUCAACGUGCUCCACCUUCACAGGUUUUCAAGGAGUAGCGGGAGGAUCCACUUUGGCACAGGGUGCGCACGGCGCCAUUGAGGCUAUACCAAAGGCUAGACUCCAGAGUCGCAUACUGGCAGUGGCAAUGUGAGUGGAGUCUGCUUGUUGGCUAAUAUUUUAUUUUUUAUUUUAUUUUUUUACAAGGCCUGGAGUUUAUAUGAUUUUUGUAUUUUUGUAUAUAAAAUAUCUAUAUAUAAAAUAUCUUUAGACAGUCCAUAAUGGCGAGAAAAAUGGUAUAUAAUAUGUGUGGGUACAGUAAAUGAGUAAGCGGAAAGUUACUGCUAAACACAAACAUAGCAGAAAUGUAAAAACAGCCCUAGUCCCAAACGGUAAGAAAAUUUGAAAAGCGGUCUGGUCACUAAGGGGUUAAAUAGCUUGGCCUAAAUUCAAAUUUGGUGCCAAAAUGUUUGGUUUAGUUUGCGCAUGCUCAAUAAUGCAAUCCUACCCCACGCCUGCAUUCCACAAUACUGUGCCUAUGUGCAGCAUUUAUUGUAUUGUAAAAAUAUGCCUCCUGGGCCGGCAUCUGUAAUUUCCUGCAUCUCCGGUGUGUACCUCUUUCCUGUUUUGAACCCUACACUCUGUCAGAGGAUUGCAGAUUACCGGUUAUAUGAUAAAGAACAUGUAGGGAAGAAAAUUAUCACAACUGCAUUUUCCUCUGAUUGCUUUCUAUUGAGAAAUUUACUGCACACGUAAUUGUAGUCUGUAAUUUUUUUUAAAUACUUUCUUUUAUGUUUAUUGCAGGUCAUUACCAGCCCCCAAAACUUAUGGUAACAUGAAAGAUGACAGCUGGAAAGAAGGCUGCUAUUGAACUGCAAAAUCCCAUGCAUCACAGAUUAAAGGACGGCAAACAUUGUCCACAUUAAGACAGAGGAAACGAUCUACCACAUGGAACUGUUUGGGAUUUUGCAAACCAAUCCCAGGGCUUUCUGUCCGUACCUAGCACAAACGGCAGAGGUUUAAAAAUUGAGCACUUUAUUGAUAUUUACCAUCCAAUAACAGUCAAACAUCCACCUUUAAUUGGGUCUCUUGCUUAGUAUUUAAUUGCUUGAUGUAUUUUAACCCUUUAGCAUCCAGGACCACUGCAAAAUUGACUUCACCAAUGAGUGAUAUCUGAUCAAGACAAGAGCAAGCUUUUUUUUUUUUUAAAUGCCUAGUUUAAUGCCAAAGAAAAACUCUUCGGUUACAAUUUUUUUACAUUUACCAAUCCUAGAAUAAUCAAUUGAUUUAUUUCACACAAUGUACACCCCUUUUAUUACCCAUAUAAAAGUGUGCAAUGUAGCAUGUGUUCUUUUGCCAUUAAUUGCACUGAUCCAGAUUAGAUAUCACCUUUUUAAUGCAAGUGUGACUUGUGUGGUUUGCGCACACAUUGCUGGUGCCUGUAGCAUUCAAAAUGUUUAAUAAUUUUAAGCUAUUGAGGUUAAUGCAUCAUCUCAUCUUGGGACAUUUAACAGGACACAAUAACAUCUCAGGAUUAAGUCCAUGUAUCAUAUGAAAGCCUGUCCUAAAAUUAUUAUGCAAGCAGACAUUAAAGGGUCACUGUAGGCACCAUAACCAUUACAACACGCUGUAGUGGUCAUAAUGCCAGGGGUCCCUGGGUGCUGUCCACUUGCAGUGACAUUUACCUUGCUGUGAUAUGUGCCCACAGUUUUUCUGGUAUGAUAAUGCAGAAGUAUGAAGAUUUGCUAUAUCAAACCAGAAGGACGAUGGGAGCCCAACAAAGCAAGGUAAAGUCAUAAAUUAUUUGACAGAUUAGAUACAGUACUUUGGGAUUCCUGGCACCAUAACUACUACAGUUCACCAUAGUGGGUAUAGUGUUUAGAUUUUCCCUUUAAAUAUUAAAAAAUAACGGGACAACCAAUAGCCAUGUUUUGUGAGUGCUUUUUCACUCACUGGUUUUGGUGACUUUAUUUUUGAAUAUUUUGGAUAAAUUUUUUAAUACAUUACACUGAAAUUGUGAAUAUAUUUGGAGUUUCUUUGCUUUUUUAUUUUUUUAUAUCCUCAGUGCCUUUUCUAUAGACGUAAGUUUUUAUUUUUUAUUUUUUUGUUUUCAGGUCUAUUAACCACAUUCAGUUUAUUUAGGAUAGUAGCGUAUAAGGGAUUGGAAGUCGGAUACUAACUCGGUGCUUUUGCCCUGUCGACGAUAUGCAUCUGCAGCCCACAAUCUGUAUAUCUAACUAGCAUCUGAAAUGGUAUUUUGAGGUUCUGCAGCAAUUAAUGUGAUGUCCCAAGAGGUUUUCACUUAAGUGCUGAGUCACAGUAUGAAGAUGGAUUUACAUAUUCACUGUAUGUAUUUUUGCAUGUGUUUGCUGAAAGGGCUUGUACAAUCUUUUCAUAAAUUAUCCUCCUGUGGAUGGGAACUCUGGCUGCAAUUGAAAGUGUUCUGCUCAGAGAAUGAGCAAGCUUCCUUCUAUGGAGAAGCAAGGUGCAGGAACGACGUUGUGAUGUUGAGACACAAUACUAUGCACAUGUACCAUACAUAGACUAGCUGUGACAUUUUCCAUCAAAUGCCAAAUGACCUCAAACCAUUUUAUCAGAUAAUCACCCACUCUGAGCUGAGAGGAUCAAAACACAAUCUGAGAUGUUUUCUAUUUUGGUGUUGAAAAGAUAUUUCUUGACUUUCAGAUGUUAGAUUUGUAUUUAAUUUGUAAAUAAUGUUUGACUGUUGUGAGCUUUUCAGUAUUUCAAAUAUGUAUUUUGCCUUACAUAUCCCAUAUUUAACAUUAUCAAUGCCAGCGUUUUAAAUUGUGCUAGACCUGUUUACAGACGCUAUACAGAAAGGCUAGCACUCGUAAAUUUUUGUAUCUAGUAUAUUCACACUUGCAGCACAUAAUCAGAAGCCUUCCAUCAAACUCUCCUUGGGUCUUGGUUUUAGGCCAGGCAUUUGUUUGUCCACAGCUUAUUUCAACAUGAAACACGUAGACACCUUAUGCUUUGUGAACUCACUUUCUGCGCCAUGUAUUACUAAGAACAACAUUUUCUAAAUUGUGCCAGUUAUAUGCUACUAGGUUGAAGGCACUUACCCCUAUAUCUAGAUUAUUUAUACAGCCGUUUUCUUGCCUUUUAAUGAUUCAGAGAAAUCAUUCCAUGUUGGCAGGUUUUUCUAGCUAACUGCAGAGGCAAACACAUGGCAGUGUGCACUAGUUAAAUGUGGUAUUUAACAAAAACUAUCCGAUCUAAGAAAAGCUGCUAAUUUGCUUUACUUCUCCUUGGUGCACACAGUAAGUGCAAUGUAAACAUUUACCCGUUAAAGGAUCACUAUAGGGUCAGGAACAAAACUUGUAUUCCUGAUCCUAUGGUGCUAAAACCACCAUUUAGGUGGCUUGCCCCACCUCCCCCUCCCCCCAUGUCCUCCUAUAAAAGUUUAAAACGCACCUUAUUUCCAGCACCGCGCAGGUCUGCCGGUGCUGGCUCCACCCCCUUUCUGCCAUCAUCAAAUUGGGACGAUGUUUAGCCAGUCCAAUGCCUUUCCAUAGGGAAAGCAUUGGAUUGGCUAAAAAUCGGCCCGGGGCGGGGCCAAAUGCCGUUUUGACCAAUCAGGACAUCCUCAUAGAGAUGCAUUGAAUCAAUGCAUCUCUAUGAGGAAAAUUCAGCAUCUCCAUGCAGAGCAUGGGGACGCUGAACGGCAGGGCUGCUAAUUAAGACAAAAUGCAGUUAUCCAAACCCUCUACAGCAGACCAUGGGAACUCUAAUACUGUGCCAGCUGCUUGCGCGUGUAUUUUUUUAUUUCAUUGCUUAAAGGGACACUCCGGACUACUAAAGCUAAAAUGCAGUGUCCUUUUUUUUAAAUUUAUUUUUAUUCUUUUAUUUUACAAAAUGUGCAGAUUUUUUAUAUAAAUUGGCACUUUUAGAAAUUGACCUUGUUACAACCAGUUCUGUUACGUCCUGGUUUUUGAUGACCUUAGUAGAGCUAAACUAAAGAGGCAAAGACUUCUCAUUAAGCUGCAUUGGGAAGUCUGUGAUUGGACAUAUAGUAGGGGAGGUUUGCAGAGGCAGCAGACAAGCUAGCAGCAGCCUUUAAAAAAUGUUUUUAGAUAUGCAUUAUUUCAUUGGAGUAAUAAUAAAAUGCAUGUAUGUUUUCAUUUGAGGUAAAUAUAUUAAAACAUAACUUUUUUUUUUUUGUAGGCAGGAGAGUGUCCCUUUAAGAUUUUAAAAUUUGUCUUUCCUUUAUCCAAACAUGGUAGCCAAUACUUGGUGCAGCUUGAAUUUGGCAUAAUCCCGUUUAUAACAUGGCAGACAGUGAAUUUACCAACUAAAAUCCCUGCUGAUUUCAUUGAACAUAACACUGAGAUCUCAUUGGUCAGUAGGGGAUGCUUGAGAGUUUGUGUUUUUUUUUUUUAAAUACAUUUUAACUAAGCCAACAUUUGCCUAUGCAUGUUUUAUCCUUGAUAUAAUUUAUUGCUAGGGAUUUCAAUGUUGCAGUAUUUUUACAUCUAGAAUUAAAUGUGGCUGCUUCUUCAUUUUAGUUGGACAAAUUUAAUGGCAUUUUAUAUAUCCUAUUUAAGCACAUCUUUCGUGGCUUUUGAUUCACCAAAUAUUUGAAAAGGUACCCCUAUUUAUAAAUACUGCCCAGGUAAAUGCAGAGGUUUGCACUCCAGUUUCUGUGGAAUACAAAUCUCAUUAAGCUCAGCCAGUUGUCCUCUGACUGAGCCUAGCAGUUCCAGUCCACAGUUGAAGCGCUAGCAGUUCUCUCUCCCAGGAUGUCUCUCUUUACCGUUUCUUUGUACUUGAGGAUGUUGAAGGAAGUGUGAACAUGUGGAUAUGAUAAAUAGUGCCUAUGAUUUAUUUAUGUUUGCAUAUUAAAGGGUUUUGGAAUGUGGAUUAUUUUUGUGCCAAUGCCUCUGAAUAGUCAUUUGUAUGUAAGAAAGCAGAUUGUGUAUUUUUUUUCUGCUUCCAAAGUUAUUUAAAUUUUUGUAUGUGUUUAAAAAAAAAAAAAAAAAAA